GGUGGCUCUGUUUAAAGUGCUGUAGCAUUCUGUGUGUCUGUAGCCCCCUGUUAGACAGCGGUACCGGGAGAGGAGAGGAGACGAAGCAGGCAACGAGGAGAGAGACCGCUCUUCCAAUGGCAAAGACACCCACAAUUGUUUGCAUGAUUUGUAUUGGUUUAUCUGCAGUCUCCUGUGUUCCAGCGACCAACAGCGAAGGUAGGAAGCCCACUCGGUCUGUCAGAGAGAGACGCACAGCUUCGGAUGCUAGUUUGGGACUCGCUUCUUGCAGAGCGAUUUUAUUUUAUUUAUUUAUCAGUUCGUACACAGUGCUCUAUCCAGUGACGUUAUUUAUUCAUUGAUUUCCGAUAGCACCCUGAGCUCUAGAAUUAAGGUGAAGUGUCCGUAUUUUGCAGGUUUUAUUCUGUUAGCUGUUUUUCUCACUUUGUGUCUCCAUAUGACGGAAUAAGUUUUAAGGUUGUCAGAUUAAUGUGCGCUGAUAUUGCUGGGAAAUCUCUCAGUACUUUACUAAUAAAGGGUGAUAUUGUCUUCUUACUGAGCACUUUGGGAUAUUACUAGAUGUUUAAAGAUUUCUACAAAUUGAAUUGAGGUUUGAUUUUUUUUUCUAUUCAGCGCUUUGGAAUAUGUUUCUAUGUAAAAAUAGUGCUGUAUGUAUGUAUCUAUCUAGCUAUCUGUCUGUCUGUCUAUUCUAUCUAUCUAUCUGUCUGUCUGUCUGUCUGUCUGUCUAUUCUGUCUGUCUAUCUAUCUGUCUGUCUGUCUCUUUGUGUCUGUCUGUUAAUCUGUCUUGCUAACAAUACCAAUCUGUAUUUGUUGAUCUGAGUUUUUCUAUCUAUCCAUCCAUCUAUAUAUCUAUCCAUAUCUCUCUCUCUCUCUCCUUCUCUCUAUCUCUCUCUCUCUAUCUAUCUAUCUAUAUAUCUAUCUAUCUAUCUAUCUCUAUAUCUAUCUAUCCCUUUCUACCACUUUAUCUAUAUAUCGCGUUAUCUAUAUAUUGCUCUAUUGCUAUUUAUCAUCUAUCCAUCCAUCUAUCAGUCUAUGAAUCAGUCUUUCACAAUCAAUUAUAUUUGAAUUAUCUAUCUAUCUAUCAAUUUAUCUAUCUAUCUAUCUAUCUAUCUAUCUAUCUAUCUAUCUAUCUAUCUAUUUAUCUAGCUAUCUAUCUAUAUAUCUAUCUCUAUCUAUCUAUAUAUCUAUCUGUCUAUGUCUAUCUAUCCAUCUAGAUCAAUCUAUCUGUGUAUAUCUGAUUCUGUCGAUAUCAAUCUAUCUGUGUCUAUCCAAACUCUCUCUCUCUCUGUCUGUGGUUUUCUAGUUAUCUAUCAAUGUUCCUUCAUACAUCUGCUGUAUAUUAUUUGCUAGAUAAUACAUAAUCAGGGCAAGUUUUCUAAAGAAUGCUGCCCUCGGAAUAUCAAGGCAUUUCUUUUUAGAGGUGUCAAUGUGCUUCUGCCUUUGGACAAAGUUUGGUCACAUUGUUUCUUGACAUCUGAACUGCUUUGAAGCUGGAUAAAAUAUUUGCAGCCUCUAUACAUGUCCGUCUCUUCUUCUCUCUUGCCUGGGGCAACAAGGUGGGAGGAAGUCCUCUGAUCUGAGAACAAUGCUACUAAACUUGAUAUCGCUGGUAGAUGACUUUCACAUAAUUAAGAAACAUCAUAACUGUGACUCCCAUGGGAGAAAAAACACCCAACAUCUACUAGCGAGACCUUGUUUUUUCAGAAUAUGGAAUAAAUAUUAAAAAUGCCAGGGUAAUUAUUUACUUGGAUAUAUGUCAGUUAUUAAAUAAAGUGUCCAUAGGAAGUUUGGGACAUAUCUGCGUAGAUUUGAAUAUAAUGUAUACAAUUUGUAAAGAGAAUAUAAACAAUGUAGAUAUAUUUCAUAGAGAGAAUGGGCUCUGUACAGCAGAGAUUUUAUAAAGAUAUACAAUGUAUAUAGACUCCUUAGAUAAUGGGCUCUAUACGGUAAGGGAUUUACAGAGAAUAUAUACAAUGUCUAUAGACUCCUUAGAUAAUGGGCUCUAUACGGUAAGGGAUUUACAGAGAAUAUAUACAAUGUAUAUAGACUCCUUAGAUAAUGGGCUCUAUACGGUAAGGGAUUUACAGAGAAUAUAUACAAUGUAUAUAGACUCCUUAGAUAAUGGGCUCUAUACGGUAAGGGAUUUACAGAGAAUAUAUACAGUGUAUAUAGACUCCUUAGAUAAUGGGCUCUAUACGGUAAGGGAUUUACAGAGAAUAUAUACAAUGUCUAUAGACUCCUUAGAUAAUGGGCUCUAUACGGUAAGGGAUUUACAGAGAAUAUAUACAAUGUCUAUAGACUCCUUAGAUAAUGGGCUCUAUACGGUAAGGGAUUUACAGAGUAUAUAUAAAAUGUAUAUUGACUCCUUCGAUAAUGGGCUCUAUACGGUAAGGGAUUUACAGAGAAUAUAUACAGUGUAUAUAGGCUCAACAGUUUGUAGAGAGUCCACAGAAACCAUGGUUCUUCCUAAAUAGGAAAAUGUCUACUAUGUAAAUAGAGUCCGCGAGAGCAAGCGCUGUAUACGUUAAAUAAGGAGAAUGUAUACAAUGUAUAUAUAGUACUCAGAAAGAGGUUUAUAUUCAGGGAAGAAAGAAUAUAAAAAACAAUAGUGCAUAGAGAGUGCAUAGGAAGUGCUAAAUGAGUCCAAUAAAUGUACACAGUGUGUUAAUGUAUAGAGUAUAUUCACAGGAUUCACAGGAGGCCUGGGUUGUUUUCCUUGAAUAAUGUAUAGAGCAUAUACAGAGAGAUCACAUUGGUCAUGUUUAGUAAAUAUACACAGUAAUGAUGUACGAAGUGUACGCAGAGAGAGUCUUCAGAAUUCAUGGAUCAUGUUCAGUAAAUAUACACAGUAAUAAUGUGCAGAGCAUAUACAGAGAGAGUCUGCAGAAUUCAUAAACCAUGUUAAGUAAAUAUACACGGUAAUAUUGUAAAGAAAGUAUACUGAAAGUGACCGCAGGAGGCAUGGGCUGUACUUAUUGACUAUACACAGUAAUAAUGUACAGAGUGUAUACAGAGAGAGUCUGCAAAUUACAUGGGCUGACCUCAGUAAAUAUACACAGUAAACUAAUAUUGUAUAGAAAGUAUACAGAAAGUGACCGCAGGAGGCAUGGGCUGUACUCAGUAAAUAUACACAGUAAUAAUGUACAGUGUGUAUAGAGAGAGAGACAGCAUAUUAAAUGGGAUGUACUCAGUAAAUAAACACAGUAAUAAUGUAUAGUGCGUAUACAGAGAUAGACGGCAGGAGGCAUGGGCCAUGUUCAGUAAAUAUACACAGUAACAAUGUACAGAGCGCAUACUGAGAGAGACGGCAGGAGGCAUGGGCCAUGUGCAGCAAGUGUACACAGUAAUAAUGUAUAGUGCGUAUACAGAGAUAGACGGCAGGAGCCAUGGGCCAUGUUCAGUAAAUAUACACAGUAAUAAUGUACAGUGCGUAUACAGAGAUAGACACAGGAGGCAUGGGCCGUGUUCAGCAAAUAUGCACAGUAAUAAUAUACAGAGCGUAUACAGAGAAAUGGCAGUAUACAUGGGCCGUGUUCAGUAAAUAUACAGAGAGCGUAUACAGAGAGAGACAGCAUAGUACAUGGGAUGUACUCAGUAAAUAUACACAGUAAUAAUAUACAGAGCGUAUACAGAGAUAGACGGCGGGAGGCAUGGGCCAUGUUCAGCAAGUAUAAACAGUAAUAAUGUUUAGUGCGUAUACAGAGAUAGACGGCAGGAGGCAUGGGCCAUGUUCAGUAAAUAUACACAGUAAUAAUGUACAGUGCGUAUACAGAGAUAGACGUCAGGAGGCAUGGGCCAUGUUCAGUAAAUAUACACAGUAACAAUGUACAGAGCGCAUACUGAGAGAGACGGCAGGAGGCAUGGGCCAUGUGCAGCAAGUGUACACAGUAAUAAUGUAUAGUGCGUAUACAGAGAUAGACGGCAGGAGGCAUGGGCCAUGUUCAGUAAAUAUACACAGUAAUAAUGUACAGUGCGUAUACAGAGAUAGACGGCGGGAGGCAUGGGCCAUGUUCAGUAAAUAUACACAGUAACAAUGUACAGAGCGCAUACUGAGAGAGACGGCAGGAGGCAUGAGCCAUGUUCAGCAAGUGUACACAGUAAUAAUGUAUAGUGCGUAUACAGAGAUAGACGGCAGGAGGCAUGGGCCAUGUUCAGCAAAUAUGCACAGUAAUAAUGUACAGAGCGUAUACAGAGAUAGACGGCGGGAGGCAUGGGCCAUGUUCAGCAAGUAUACACAGUAAUAAUGUAUAGUGCGUAUACAGAGAUAGACGGCAGGAGGCAUGGGCCGUGUUCAGCAAAUAUGCACAGUAAUAAUAUACAGAGCGUAUACAGAGAAAUGGCAGUAUACAUGGGCCGUGUUCAGUAAAUAUACAGAGAGCAUAUACAGAGAGAGACAGCAUAGUACAUGGGAUGUACUCAGUAAAUAUACACAGUAAUAAUAUACAGAGUGUAUACAGAGGGAGACAGCAUAGUACAUGGGAUGUAUCCAGUAAAUAUACACAGUAAUAAUGUACAGUGCGUAUACAGAACUAGACGGCAGGAGGCAUGGGCCGUGUUCAGCAAAUAUACACAGUAAUAGUAUACAGAGCGUAUACAGAGAAAUGGCAGUAUACAUGGGCCGUGUUCAGUAAAUAUACAGAGAGCGUAUACAGAGAGAGACAGCAUAGUACAUGGGAUGUACUCAGUAAAUAUACACAGUAAUAAUAUACAGAGCGUAUACAGAGAGAGAUGGCAGUAUACAUGGGCCGUGUUCAGUAAAUACACAGAGAGCGUAUAAAGAGAGAGACGGCAUAUUACAUGGGCCGUGUUCCGUAAAUAUACACAGUAACAAUGUACAGAGCGUAUACAGAGAGAGUCGGCAGAUUACAUGGGCUAUGUCAGUAAAUAUACACAGUAACAAUGUACAGUGUGUAUACAGAGAGAGUCGGCAGAUUACAUGGGCCGUGUUCAGUAAAUAUACACAGUAACAAUGUAAAUUGCAUAUACAGAGAGUGUCCACAGGAGGCAUAGGUUGUGUUCAGUAAGUACACAUAGAGCACAUAGUUUCUUCAUGUCUAUGCGUUGGGUUUCGGAGCUCUUACUGUACACAUUAAACAUACACUGGAUACUCCUAGUGAAUUAUAAGGAUCGGGCAGUUUAGCUGCCUGUGAUGAUAUAAUCUUUGUUUCUAUCUGAAUGUCUGCAUUUGCUUUGGGAACAUGUAUCCAGAGGACUCCGAAUGUUUCAUUUGAAGUUCUCUUGAUGUCCCUGUAACAUGUUUUUCAUCAUCACGCGCUUUAAAUAAUAUAUUUCACAGAACUCAGCAAAUACAUCAACUUGUAGUGCAGCCAAAGUCUGUGCAGGGGCGCAAUAAACUGCGGACACGUAAUAAACUGCGGACACGCAAUAUACUAUCUGCAUGACUGUGCAUGCACGCAAUACAAGACGGCAAUACAUUGCAUGUAUACAAUGCACUAUCUCCAUGUCUGUGCACGCACGCAAUAUACUGCAGGCAUGCAAUACACUUUCUACAUGUCUCUGCAUGCAUAGAAUAUACUGUCUGCAAGUCUAUGCAAGCAGGCAAUAUAUUUUGAGCAUUACAAAGUAUGUUUCUCAGUCAUUCAAUACACUAGGUGUGUGUCAGCCAUGUAAUACACUGUUUGCAUGUAACAGCCAUACAAUACACUGUGUGCAUGUCACAGUCAUGUAAUACACCGUGUGCAUGUCACAGCCAUGUAAUACACCGUGUGCAUGUCACAGCCAUGUAAUACACCGUGUGCAUGUCACAGCCAUGUAAUACACUGUUUGCAUGUAACAGCCAUACAAUGCACUGUGUGCAUGUCACAGCCAUGUAAUACACUGUGUGCAUGUCACAGCCAUGUAAUACACCGUGUGCAUGUCACUGCCAUGUAAUACACUGUGUGCAUGUCACAGCCAUGCAAUACACUGUCUUUAAGUCUCAGCCAUGUAAUACACUGUGUGCAUUUUACAGCCAUGUAAUACACCGUGUGCAUGUCACAGCCAUGUAAUACACUGUUUGCAUGUAACAGCCAUAUAAUACACUGUGUGCAUGUCACAGCCAUGUAAUACACUGUGUGCAUGUCACAGCCAUGUAAUACACUGUGUGCAUGAUACAGCCAUGUAAUACACUGUGUGCAUGUCACAGCCAUGUAAUACACUGUGUGCAUGUCACAGCCAUGUAAUACACUGUGUGCAUGAUACAGCCAUGUAAUACACCGUGUGCAUGAUACAGCCAUGUAAUACACCGUGUGCAUGUCACAGCCAUGUAAUACACUGUGUGCAUGAUACAGCCAUGUAAUACACCGUGUGCAUGUCACAGCCCUGUAAUACACCGUGUGCAUGUCAAAGCCAUGUAAUACACUGUGCAUGUAUGAACCAUGUAAUUGUGUAAUUGUGUUCAUGUCUCAGCCAUGUAAUACACUGUGUGCAUGUCUCAGCCAUGUAAUACACUAUGUGCAUGUAUCAGCCAUGUAAUUGUGUGCAUGUCUCAGCCAUGUAAUACACUGUGUGCAUGUAUCAGCCAUGUAAUACACUGUGUGCAUGUCACAGCCAUGUAAUACACUGUGUGCAUGUCACAGUCAUGUAAUACACUGUGUGUAUGUCACAGCCAUGUAAUACACUGUGUGCAUGUCACAGUCAUGUAAUACACUGUGUGCAUGUCACAGCCAUGUAAUACACCGUGUGCAUGCCACUGCCAUGUAAUACACUGUGUGCAUGUCACAGCCAUGCAAUACACUGUCUUUAAGUCUCAGCCAUGUAAUACACUGUGUGCAUUUUACAACCAUGUAAUACACUGUGUGCAUGUAACAGCCAUAUAAUACACUGUGUGCAUGUCACAGCCAUGUAAUACACUGUUUGCAUGUAACAGCCAUAUAAUACACUGUGUGCAUGUCACAGCCAUGUAAUACACUGUGCAUGUAUCAGCCAUGUAAUACAUUGUGCAUGUAUCAGCCAUGUAAUUGUGUUCAUGUCUCAGCCAUGUAAUACACUGUGUGCAUGUCAUAGCCAUGUAAUACACCGUGUGCAUGUCACAGCCAUGUAAUACACUGUGCAUGUAUCAGCCAUGUAAUUGUGUUCAUGUCUCAGCCAUGUAAUAUACUGUGUGCAUGUCUCAGCCAUGUAAUACACUGUGUGCAUGUAUCAGCCAUGUAAUACACUGUGUGCAUGAUACAGCCAUGUAAUACACUGUGUGCAUGUCACAGCCAUGUAAUACACUGUGUGCAUGUCACAGCCAUGUAAUACACUGUGUGCAUGUCUAAGCCAUUCAAUACAUUGUGUGUUUGUCUCAGCCAUGUAAUACACUGUGUGUAUGUAUCAGCCAUGUAAUACACUGUGUGCAUGAUACAGCCAUGUAAUGCACUGUGCGCAUAUCUUAGGCACUCAAUACAUUGUGUGUUUGCCAUGUACCAACACAUUUUUAUCAAUCAGUUAGUCUGUCUGUCUGUCUGUCUAUUUGUCUGUCUAUCUAUCUAUCUAUCUAUCUAUCUAUCUAUCUAUGUAUCUGUCUGUCUAUCUAUCUAUUUAUUUAUCUAUCUGUCUGUCUAUCUAUCUGUGUUAGGCUUGGAGGUUAGUUUUGGACCAAAUUACAAUUUUCCCAAGUUUGGGCCGAUCUGGUGAUUGGCAGAAGUCCUGAACUCUGAGCCAAAAUAUUCCCAAAUUACAAACUAAUUGUGUGUAAAGCAUAACAUUUUUGGGGAGGUGGGAAUCAAUAUACUAAAUUGAACCCACAGUACCAAAAAAGGUUUUGAAAAAAAUAAUUAUUAAUGUAAGAAAACAUUGACUGUUGGCAAAAAAAAGCGCCAUUAAAUGCUGAUUUUAUUCACAGAUCAAGUGAGUGCAGAUCCAUUUAAUAGAUAUAUAAGAUAUAAAGAUAGAUUAUUAUUUACUGCUCCUCUUCCCUCUACCUAUCCCUCAGUCGCAGUACGUCAAUCAGUGAAAUCUCAGGGACGCACAAAGAAUGACAACACUGUAAUGUCUGGUAUCAGCUGCGAAACUGAAUUAUGCAAGUUUUAAAUGAAUCUCAUUUAAUAAAGUGAUUACACACUGAUAUCAUCAGAAAAUUAUUACACAGUAAAAUGUGCCUUUCUUCCAAUUGUGACAUUUAUAGAAUAAAGGUGUAUCGAUCAUUAUCCCAUCGAUAGCCCAUAGAGUUCUGAGUACUGAGGUUGAGUCAUUGUGAAUGGAUAGAUACAUUCCAUAAUGUGGUUGUGUUAAUAAUUUGUGUAGUUACACGUGUCAGUUCGCUUUGGACACUUUUUUAGACGUAAAUUAAAUUACUGUCUAUUUGAUCAAUUGUUCAGCAAUAUUUUGUUACUGUCAGGAAUAUUGCCUGACGCUAUAGUAUGAAUUGUUGGGUAUCCAAAGUAAAUUCAAUGCUAUGCCAAAAUCGUCAGCUUUGAUAUAAAGUUGAUUUUGAGAUUUUUUUUAGAUUCAGAGAAUUUUUAAUUCUCCUAAAAUCUUCAAUUCUGUCUGUAACCACUUUGAAGUUGCAUGUUACUGAAUAACCCUACUGUUUUUUACAUAAUUAUUCACAAGAUUCUGUUAUGUUUUUUUAUAAGUUACUAUGUAUUGGUUUUCUCUUUACUGAGAUUGUGUUACUGUGUGUAUUAUGUAAUUUCAGUAGUGCAGUUGUCUUAUUGUGUGUAUUUGAUAACUUUUUCAAGGAAAGUUAUGUAAUUGCGUCAAGUUAGCUAUUUUCUUUUUGUUAAAUUAUAAAAUGAUUUACUAUACAAUGUGGUUAGAGACAAGUGGUUCAUAUUUAUAUACAUACAAGUGAUACAUACAUACAAUUAAACAAAGCUACAAUCAACAGCGCGAUAAUAUAAUAAAAAAAAAUAUAUAUAUAUAUAUAAAACAGCUAUUUAAAUAAUCUAAUCUUAAACCUUUAAUAGCAUAUUUUUACCUUUAUCAGUUUUGCAAAACAAAAGUCAUAAAAAUACUACAGGAAUGAUUAUCAACUUUUAGAUAAACACAUUUCUCUGCCAGUAUCUCAUUCCACCAAUUUAUCGUCUGCAAAUGGGCUACAAAUGACAGUCCACCUGUUAUCUGCAAAUAGUAAAGGGAGUUCAGAAUACUAUAACAGAACAUUUUCCCUACAAUAAUUUUGGAAAUAUAGGAAGAUUGCCAUAACACUUUUUCAAUAUAUAUGUAUAUAUAUAUUUUUUAGAAUACAAAGUGGUCGCUAAUUAAUGGGUUACGAUCCCACAGCGACUUUAUUGUGAUUAGUUAUUCUUUUCGAAAAGUUUUAAAUGAAUCUGGCUUUGGAGCAAAUUAGCAAAUAAUGCAAGAGAGACUGAGAACAAUCUAUUACAAUGUUGUGUAAAGUGGGAUUUGCAUAAUAAAGACAUAUUCUAAAUAAAAUACAUUAAGUAACCUAAUUCGAAAAAAUAAUAUAUUCACAAGAGGACAGAGUCUAAAUCUAGAGGGUGUCAGGAUUAAGUGUAAAGUGAGAAGAUAUAAUGGCAUUGGCAAAGUAGUGGUUACACGCAGACGCCUUCCAUCCAAGGUGGUAGAUACUAAAACACUGAAUAAUAUAUCAUACACGGGAUUGAUUACAGCGCUAUCCUGUUACAGGUGUGGUGGGUAGUGCAAAUUUACAUUCCAGCAGAAAUGGUAGUGGUUAUUAAUGCAUUAAAAAUAAUAUAAACAAAUGGGAUACACAUAGAGCUAUAGUACACUGAUGGAGUAGUGGAUACAUAGAUUCACCUUGCAGCAGAAAUGGUAGGGGUUAUUAAUACAGUUAGAUGUGAAAUUUGAUACAUUUAAAUUCACUGCUAUGCCAUUCCAUGACUCUCCAGACUUGCAAUGCUGAGCAACUUUUAAAGUCUGGCUAGCAGCUUAAAACCUGAAGAAUUUAGCCUUGUGAACAUGAUCCAGAUAAAACUAUAGUGCUCAGAUAUGGCGGUGAGUUCAUUUAAUCACCUUCCAGCAGAAGCGGUAGAUGUUAAAACAAUUAGUGAAUUUAAACGUAGCUGGAAGAUGCAGCAUAGAGCUGUACUACAUUGAAAGAGUAGUGUAUACCUGGAAUUGGUUCUCAGCAGAAGUUGCAGUUACGAAAUAAAAGAAGACAGUAAAAGAAGUAAGAUUGUCCGAAAAAACUUGAUCUGGCGCACGGACAAGUUGAGGUCACUUUCCCAGACACCCCGCUUUGAGAGAACCCACAAUGAAAUUCACAUAUGUGAGCUUUUUACCGUUGGUAUUUUGCAAUGAUCACAUUCCUAGUGAUCAAGCGGCUGGUCCACGAGUCACGUAUUCAUUCAUCUCAGUCAGUGCUCCCUUGCGGCCCAAUAGACACAGAAGUUAGGGGAAACAGAAAAACUAAAUAGCCAACAAAAAUUAAUACUGUGUAAAUAAAUGGGCAAUUGAGUUAAUUUUGUUUUCUACCAUUUAACUUUUAUUAUUCUUCCAGAUAAUGUAGACAAAAUUGAAGAAUAAGAAUAAUGCACGCUAAUGGUAGAUAAAAAAAAUGAAGUCAGCUUAUAUUAAAUACAAAUUAGCCAGGGAAAAAUUGCAAAAUUAAACAAAUAACCAAAUUAGCAGGGACAUUUCCAGAAUUGUCCAAUUAGAAAAAAAAUCUCAGCUCCAUUUAGUUUUUUACAUUCACCUCUUUAGCCCCAAAAUUGCAAUUUUCUUCUCAAUUCUCCACAGUUGUUUUAGAGAAUAAAACCACAAAGACACCGGAUUGCAUUCAUCCACAGCACACAAGGAAGAAUUGCACAGCAAGGGUGAAGAGUAACGUUUAUGGGAAGGCUUUUAUAUUGUCUACAAACAACACUGGACAUUGCUCGGCACUGGAGAUGGGUCAAACCAACACUCUCAAAAGGUUAUUCAAUAAAGUGAGAAGUCAAAUGAGAUUUCAAAUGUAAAGUAGCAGAACUGCAGAAAUAGCUAAGUUGGAGAAUUGUUACAGUUUGGCUAUUUUGCUAUUACAUUUGAAAUUUACUUUGAAUUCACCUUAAAUUCUCAGCUUGGUGAAUAGCUCCGUUAGAUUAUUGUCUCUGACCAAACUUGGAUAUGUUAAGCAGAAGUGAACCACUAGCCAGGUGUUGGUGAUGGACUGAGUUAUAGGCUCUGGGAGAGUCUCGUGUUUCGGGAGACCAUAAAAAAAAAAAAUUCUAUGAAUAAUGUUUACUAGAAUCAGUAACCAAGAUUGCCUUUAUGACCAGAGGGAUUAGAACAUUGUGAUAGUUUAUAUAAUAUUUCUAUAUAUUACAAACAGUAUACUGUAUGUUAAGACACUCCCGGGAUAAAGGAGAGAACUCGCCGUCUAGUAGAGCUUCCACUUUGCAGAGGUACAGGCACGACUACUUUAGAGUCCAAACUCCCGAACUGGAACCAGGGGAAUGUGCCUAUCUCCCGAACAGCAUACUUAGUAACAGUCCAAACUCACGAACAGUAAUCCCACGAAUCGCUGCUAACAAACAAACCGAUAUAGCAUCCAAGCUGCUUACGUUCCCAGCAAUCAGUCUCUAGCCGCAUAUAGUAAAUCUCCCCAAUCACAAGACUAAGCUCCGUAUUGAGGGUAAAACAAGAUCUGGCUUUAAUGAGGGCUACCUGCCCAUAUUUAUGCAGGUCUCCCACUUGGUGGACACUCCCCUAGGGGACCAAAUGCGAGACUGUAACAAAGGACAGACAGGUAUCAGAUCAGGACAUACAGUCACAAUACAUCCCCACAAUGCAUCCUGGCUUCCUCCUGUCUGCCCUGGAGAUAAUUGAGAAGUAAUUCAAUUAUCUCCCAGGACAAAGACAAAUCACUAUUAUGCAUGUGGGGACAACAGGAUAGACAUUACUGUUAAAAUAGAAAGUGUUAAAACUGUUACUAUAAAUAUAGACAUGUAACAUACUCACAGAUAGCUCAGGUCUGAGCGCACAUUAUUAGGUGAAUGGCGCUCAGACCACACGAAUACAGUGUAAUCGCCAUGGAGCCAAAGUCUUUAAUUUCACGAACAGGCUCCAUGGCAUAGCUAUCUGGAUACUUUCCCAUAUAACACAAAGUCCCGAAUGCUCCGCCGUUCGGUUCACGAACGGAGCUGAAGACCCGUAUGCUGGUAGCUCAGUGGUGCUUGAAAGGAAAAGUGUCCACUUUUGGUGUACUGAGGCUGGGCAGAACAACUAUGGCUGCUCGGGGAGCUCCAUAACACCACCAUCGUGUGGCGGCUAGGUGUAACCACUACCACCCAGUAACAGUCAAUUAAGCUGCGGUUAACCGCAGAUACUGGGUGGUCAAUUGCCGGCACACGCUAGCUUCAGGGAGGUAGAUUGAAGGCACACUCCAGCUUCCCGGUGAUCGCGUAAUCGGUAGUCAUUCAGGAAACAAAGCGGGGAAACAAGGGGGCUGUACGGGUAAAGAAAUAACGGAACAAACAAACGAAUGGAGGGAGGAGAGACAUAAUCCAAAGAGAGACGGUUCUGUCACACUGUAUAUGUCCUGUUCGGUCACUUAGAGCUGAUCAUAUGUAGAUGUUAGUUACCCUCAACAUCCAGUGAGAUGCUCUGCAGAAAGAUGAAGGCUCCCCUGGGAAAGCCAGUCUGUACUCUAGCGGACCCUACAUUUAAACCACAGACAACCUGGUAAUUGGCAGUACGGUGCAGUUUUCCAUCUAUGUAUAAUUUUUGUUUCUGUGGAGUAACAAUGUCACCAGUCAAUAGCCCAAAUCACAUUAAUGGGGAAUACCUCCCCAGACACAGAAUUCAGCCUUAACCCUGUGUCUCUCCUGUUGUUGGGCUAAAUUAAAUCUCUGGGUGACCCAGUGCCAGGGAGAAUUUGGGCUAAGAUGUGCUAUAAGUUAAUUCAGGACUGUGAGUGUUGUCUAAGAUUGGGGUCAAUGUUGUUUUUAAUCAGGUCGUAUAGGUGGAGAAUGUUAGUUUAAUUGGUGUGAGGCAUUUAUUACCUCCUGUUCUGAUACAUCAACGAGACUGACCUAAGUAGGGAUGACCUCUGGCCUCCUAGCCUACCUCCCCUGGCAGAACAGUGCCAUGCCUUGCAGCAGCGCGCAUGUCGAAUGAGAGCAUAACAAAUUAUCGGAAAGUGCAUGUCGGACUGGCCUUUUAAGGGGCUUUGGUCUGAAUUUAAUAAGCUUUCCAAAUGAUUCAAUACUGUUCGAAAUAGUUUCCAAAUGAUUUAUCUACAGAAAUCACCAUUAACGUGUAUGGCAAUUUUUGUAGAUGACUCACUUGUAAUGUUUUCCUAACAGCAUUGAAUCAUUUGGAAAGCAUAUUACACUGAAACCUCUGUGGGUCCUGGCGUGAUUUUAUCUGUUGCCUGUGACAUAAUACAUGUGAAGCUGAUAAAUAUGAUGUUCUGUGCGAGUUUGGAGUAACCUCACGUACCUUGUAUGUAUGUAUGUUGGUGAAUGUAAACAAGCAUGAGCCAGUUUUCAUAUUUGUUUGCUUUAAUAUUUAACAUCUAAAACACAUAUAGUAGAUUUGCAGGCACUUGUUUUGCUGUUGUCGCAGUGGUCAACAAAUACAGAUUGGUAUAGUUAGCAAGACAGAUUAACAGACAGACACAAAGAGACAGACAGACAGACAGACACAAAAAGACAGAUAGAUAGAUAGAUAGAUAGAUAGAUAGAAAGAGAUAGACAGAGACAGACAGACAGAUAGAUAGAUAGACAGACAGACAGACAGCCAGCCAGAUAGAUAGAUAGAUAUACAGAGAUAGAUAGAUAGAUAGAUAGAUAGAUAGAUAUAGUUUUUAUAGAUCAGAUUGUUACACAGCUCUAAAACCUCCCAGGCUGCUGCUCCCUGCACUUUCUGAGCCCUAUGCGUGGUCAACCGGAGAAAUGAAUCCAUUUAGAAUACAUAGAAUUCUUACAAGUAGGAACUGCCAUCACCGUUUUUAUACCAAGGGGUUUCCUCACCUUCAAUCAGCACUCAGAAAUGCCAUUUAGUGAAGCAUUGUUGUCUUUAAUUGUCUUUAAUUCUCUCCGCGAGAAAUAACAGCUUUCCUACCUGGCACCCACUCUCAGCUCUAAGAGUGACUUGAAACUGCAGUGAUUUUAGAAAAUUCCUCAGCUAUAAAAAAAAAUAAAAAAAAUAGAAAACAGAACUGUCAGUCCGAGACAGAACUCUCAGUAUCUAGCAGGCUCUGUUAGCUUGUCCUGGCUAUGUUUGUGGCAAUGCAUACUCAGCAAGCAUGGCUUGAACCAAGGUUUCUCUCCUCCCUUCUCUCCUCUGACAAUCUUUGUUGAUACAUUAUCUAUGUAAAACAUUAAAACCCUUUAGUAAACAGAUUAAAGGAACACUCCAACGGGAGUAUCUAUAUAUUUUGUUUUUAACAAUUUAGUAGAUAUACCGCGAAUAAAAACAUACAUUUAAUUAUGCAGUUUUUUAAUUGGGAGGGUAUAUCUAAACUCACCUUUCAAAAGCUGCAGAUCUCUUGUCCUCAGCCUUUGCAAGCCCUCCCUUCUCCCCCAGCCCAGACUUUCUGUGGCUGCCCAAUCACAGACUUCCCAAUGCAGCUCAAUGAGAAGUCUUUACAAGGCAGGUGCUCUGGGCAAUUGCUGCCUCUUGAGCUUAUCUCCACUGAGUUAACCAAACCAGGAAGUAACAGGACCGGUUGUCUGAUUGACAGCCAGGGGGUUUAAUAAUUUUUAUUUAGAAAGUGCCAAAUCUGUUGAAAUCUGCACUUUUUGUAAAAUGAAAACAGAGAAACACUCCACACAUAAAUCACUUCAACAAGAUAAACUCCUUAAGGUAUGUGGACUGUCCCUUUAAAGGAUGUGUUCCCAUAAAAAAACCUAAAAAAAAAAGCUUGGCAUUUUGCCUACUCUAAAAAGUUCCAAUAACAACUUUCUGUUUUUUAUCUUUAAGACCUUAAGUAAAUACCUCGAUCUUGUCACUUUAAAGUUAAAAAGAAGAAGAAAACAGAAUGUCUCUCUUUACUGCUCGCCAGUUAGUAUCCAAGGGACCAUUUAUAAGAGAUCAAAGGAAUCGCUAGCUGGACUAAAUAAUGAGUUAUUCCGAUGAAAGUGUCUGAGUUGGAAUGCUCGGAAUAUGAUCAUUCGACACAAAUCAUAUUCACAAAAUGUAAACAAGAAAAAUCAUAAUAUUCCCCCAAAAAAGUGCUGUUUUACAUUAGCAGUAAAACCUAAAUUGUUUUUAUUUCAAUACAGUUUAAUGAUUUGCUAAACUUAGAGUUUGUACAGUGAGGAAAAAAAGUAUUUGAUCCCUUUCUGAUUUUGAACAUUUGCCCACUAACAAAGAAAUGAUCAGUCUAUAAUUUUAAUGGCAGGUGUAUUUUAACAGUGAGAGGCAGAAUAACAAAAAAAACAAAAAAAAAGUUAUAAAUUGAUUUGCAUGCCAAUGAGUGAAAUAAGUAUUUGAUCCCCUAUCAAUCAGCAAGAUUUCUGGCUCCCAGGUGUCUUUUAUACAGGUAACGAGCUGAGAUUAGGAGCACACUCUUAAAGGGAGUGCUCCUAAUCUCAGCUCAUUACCUGUAUAAAAGACAUCUGUCCACAGAAGCAAUCAAUCAAUCAAUCAAUCAAUCAGAUUCCAAACUCUCCACCAUGGCCAAGACCAAAGAGCUGUCCAAGGAUUUCAGGGACAAGAUUGUAGACCUACACAAGGCUGGAAUGGGCAACAAGACCAUCGCCAAGCAGCUUGGUGAGAAGGUGACAACAGUUGGUGCGAUUAUUUGCAAAUGGAUGAAACACAAAAUAACUGUCAGUCUCCCUCGGUCUGGUGCUCCAUGCAAGAUCUGACCUCAUGGAGUUUCAAUGAUCAUGAGGAAUCAGCCGAGAACUACACGGGAGGAUCUUGUUAAUGAUCUCAAGGCAGCUGGGACCAUAGUCACCAAGAAAACAAUUGGUAACACACUAUGCCGUCAAGGACUGAAAUCCUGCAGUGUCCGCAAGGUCCCCCUGUUCAAGAAAGCACAUGUACAGGCCCAUCUGAAGUUUGCCAAUGAACAUCUGAAUGAUUCAGAGGAGAACUGAGUGAAAUUGUUGUGGUCAGAUGAGACCAAAAUCAAGCUCUUUGGCAUCAAUUCAACUCGCCGUGUUUGGAGGAGGAAGAAUACUGCCUAUAACCCCAAGAACAUCUUUCCACCGUCAAACAUGGAGGUGGAAACAUUAUGCUGUGGGGUGUUUUUCUGCUUAGGGGACAGGACAACUGCACUGCAUCAAAGGGACGAUGGACGGGGCCAUGUACCGCCAAAUCUUGGGUGAGAACCUCCUUCCCUCAGCCAGGGCAUUGAAAUGGGUCAUGGAUGGGAAUUCCAGCAUGACAAUGACCAAAAACACACAGCCAAGGCAACAAAGGAGUGGCUCAAGAAGAAGCACCUUAUGGUACUUCAGUGGCCUAGCCAGUCUCCAGACCUUAAUCCCAUAGCAAAUCUGUGGAGGGAGCUAAAGGUUCGAGUUACCAAACGUCAGCCUCGAAACCUUAAUGACUUGGAGAGGAUCUGCAAAGAGGAGUGGGACAAAAUCCCUCCUGAGAUGUGUGCAAACCUGGUGGCCAACUACAAGAAACGUCUGACCUUUGUGAUUGCCAACAAGGGUUUUUCCAUUAAGUACUAAGUCGAAAGGGGUCAAAUACUUAUUUCACUCAUUGAUAUGCACAUCAAUUUAUAACUUUUCUGAAAUGCGUUUUUCUGGAUUUUUAUUUUUUUUUGGUUAUUCUGCCUCUCAUUGUUAAAAUACACCUGCCAUUAAAAUUAUAGCCUGAUCAUUUCUUUGUCAGUGGGCAAAUGUUCAAAAUCAGAAGGGGAUCAAAUACUUUUUUCUCUCCCUGUAUAAUGAUAAUUCUAAAUUCGUCUUCUAAACUUCACUUUGAAUUCCCAAUAAUUCACACUUUGGUAAAUCAGUUUACUCUGAUUGUGCAAUAGUUGUGUGUAGAAUAUCCUCAGUCACUCAGUGUCUUAUCACUAGUUCACAACUCUCCUGCUAUAAAGCACCCGACAUUGGGAAGUGUGGAAUUAACAAAAAGGUGGGGGACCUUCAAUGGGGUAUUGUCAGUAACGCAACUUGCUUUACUGGUAAUACCCAUAAUGGGGUGGGCUUACCAGCCCACUGAAAGAGAGUGCCAGGCUGGUAUCAAGUAUGUCAGACUACUGGACAGCUUCCCAGCUGGCUCCCAACAUCCAUAGAAACAUAGAAUGUGAUGGCAGAUAAGAACCAUUUGACCCACCUAUUCUGCCCAAUUUUCUAAAUACUUCCAUUAGUCCCUGGCCUUAUUUUAUAUAUAGCAUAGCCUUAUGCAUAUAUACAGGACCAUGCAGAGCUUUGUAUCCUUGAAUAUGAGACUUCAGGCUACUAUUUCAGAUCGGUGGGACAGGACCCCAGAAUAAUGACUGCCCCACUGUUGGGAGCCCUGAUAUAAGAUUUAAUUUUUCUGUUCCUUCCAAUAUGAGCUAAGUAACCAGCGAAUGUGUCUGCUUUCAAUGAUCACAUCUCGUUACAUGCUAAAGUGGAACACAGCAAAUUAUGGGUCUUUAGACCCCCAUUAAUCCUCAUGAACAAACUCAGAAAAAAAUAAAUAAAUAACCAGUUAUAUUUUUCAUAAUUCUCAAGUCCGGUAGAUGUUGAAUGCUAAAUGGGGAGCAAUUUAUUAAAACAUAUUAAAACAAUCUGGUUCAAUGACACAUUCGUUUAAAUGCCAAAGAAUUAUUAAUUAAUUAAUUAAUUAAUUAAAGUACUGCAAUACUUUUCUUUGUUACAAAAUUAGCAUUGUUCCUGAUUUUACGUCAAACGUGUUUAUCUCAGAUUGCCACGGAAAUCUUGUGGGGAAGAAAUGUUAAAGAUUCUGGACACUGCUAGGAUCUAAAAGAGGUCAGAAGAAAGCCGAUCAGGUAUAAUAUUAUUAAUAAGAAGACAUCAUUUCACUCUUGUAGGCUGGCAUUGUGCAAAAUCUGGAAUUAAUUGGGGUUAACCAAGGGUUCAAUUCUUCCCUCACAUCCUAACACUAUGAGUGAGAGAGCAUCUCUGUAGAACACCGACACGAGGGGUUAAUUCACUUAUCACAAACUGCACUGAACCGAAAAUGAAUCUGCAAAAUGUAUUCUAAAACAGACAAGCUGGGAGUCUUAUACGAGGGAGUUUUUCCAUGUACGUUACUUUAAGACGGGGUGCCCAAAAAGUAGAUCCCCAGAUGUUGUAGAACUGAUGCUUUGCGUGUCUUUGCAUGUCUAUAGAAUGAUAAGGCAUCAUGGAAGUCGUAGUUUUAAAACAUCUGGGGAUCUGCCUUCUGAGCACCCCUGCUUUACAGCUUUGGCUUUCACAACAAAUCUGUGUUUAGUGAAUAUGCCUCUUACAGUGAACUUUAACCUGGCAGAUAAAUAUCUCAUAAAGAAAGAGCUGUUCAUAAUAAUUACUGUAAUGUUUUUAUUUAUAGAGAGACAGCAUACUCUGCGGUGUUGUGCAUGGAGUAAAGAUUACAAUUAUAAGUAAUUGUGACACGGCAAGUUCCACAUGCAAGGUUAAAAGAGGAUGUGAGUUUACAAUUCAUAGUAAAUGAGGUCAAAUUACCCCUCGAGAUAGAAAGUAAACAAGUAAUAUAUUCAAAGCAGAUGAUAGAUUGCAAGGAGCAAUUAGGACAGUCUAAUGAGCAUUCUCCAAUUCCCUUACUACUUUAGCCUUUAAUGUUUCUACUGUGAGGCUAUUCCAGGUAUCUACUACCCUUUCUAUAUCAGUAUUAGCCUAUACUGCUUUCACUGGAAGGCUAUCUCAGGUAUUUAUUACCCUUUCUAUAUCAUUGUUAGCCUUUAUUGCUCCCACUGGAAGGUUAUUCCAGGUAUCUACUACUCUUUCUAUAUCAAUGUUAACCUUUACGGCUCCCACUGGAAGGCUAUUCCAGGUAUCUACUACCCUUUCUAUAUCACUGUUACUGAUCCCACUGGAAGGCUAUGCCAGGUAUCUACUACCCUUUCUAUAUCACUGUUACUGCUCCCACUGGAAAGCUAAUCCAUGUAUCUACUACCCUUUCUAUAUCACUGUUACUGAUCCCACUGGAAGGCUAUGCCAGGUAUCUACUACCCUUUCUAUAUCACUGUUACUGCUUCCACUGGAAGGCUAUGCCAGGUAUCUACUACCCUUUCUAUAUCACAGUUACUGUUACUGUUACCUAUUCCAGGUAUCUGCUACCCUUUCUAUAUCACUGUUAGCCUGUGCUGCUCCCACAGGAAGGCUAUUCCAGGUAUCUAUUACCAUUUCUAUAUCGCUGUUAGUCUUUACUGCUUACACAGGAAGGCUAUUCCAGGUAUUUACUACCCUUUCUAUUUCACUGUUUGCCUUUACUGCUUUCACUGGAAGGCUAUUCCAGGUAUCUACUACCCUUUCUAUAUCACUGUUACUGCUCCCACUGGAAAGCUAUUCCAUGUAUCUACUACCCUUUCUAUAUCACUGUCACUGAUCCCACUGGAAAGCUAUUCCAGGUGUGACAGAUCCAUCUGUAUAGACUAAGAUUGCUGGUUCGUCUGUUUUACCUUGUUCGUGGAAUUACCCAUUCGUAUACUCAGUGAAUUGACUUUUCCGCCGAACAAAACUACCGAACGGACGGCCACCCAGAAGAGAAGUGUGCUGCUGGUUAACCUCUUGAUCCCAAUUAGAACAUAGUGGUUAACCACAGACACUUCUCAAUUAAAACCGAAUACAGGGUGGUCGUCGUUCGUAUGUCGACCACGAGGCAGCGGCCAUUUUAAACCAUGCGAAAGACCAGCGGUGCUCGGCAUUGAUUUCAUGGAACUGAAAACGGACACUUUUUCUGCCGAACAACGCUGAAGCCGUCGACCUCCCUUCUCAAUCGACAGAAGGAUGCGAACACCAGCCGUUCGGGAGGUUUAAACACACGAAUGGACUUACCCCAGAUAGCCUUCCCAUGGAGUCAAUCGCAUACCGAAAGACUGUAAUAGACUUUGACUCCAUGGCGAUUGAACUAUGCGUAUGGGAUCUGAGCGCUAUUCGCCAAUAAUAUGCACUCAGAUCCAGGCUAUCUGGGGAUACGUGAUACGAAUGGGUAGCAUUCGACAAAUGUAAAGUUAUAGAUUUUUAUAUGUUUUCUGUGUUGAAUUUAAAAUGGCGAUUUGCCUCUGUCCUGGAGAUAAUUGAAUUACUUCUCAAUUAUCUCCAGGUUAGAGGGGAGGGAAUACUAAUGCAUUGUGGGAAUGUUCUGUGUCUGUGGGUCCUGAACUGCCAUAUGUCUGUCUAUUGUCACAGUCUCCCAUUUGGUCCCCUAGGGGAGUGUCCACCAAGUGGGAGACCUGCAUAAAUACCGGCAGGUAGCCCACAGUAAAGCCAGUUCUUGUUUUACCCACAAUGCGGAGCUUGGUCUCGUUAUUGGGGGGAUUUAUUACCGACGACUAGAGACUGCUGGAUGGAAUUAUUAGCCGCUUGGGAGAUACAUGCGUUCGGCUACUAUUGGCGGUUCGUGAGUUUGGAGCUCGUGGAGUGAAGUGCCCGUACGGAUCCCGUUUGUGAGUUUACAGUGUUCCCCGGCUUGCGGUCCGCAUGAUUGUACCUGAUACGCAUGCAGCCUAUGUUAUUGCGAGAGGGGAGCAUUCACUAAACGGUGGUUUGUACAUUUAAUGCUGAAGGUACCGUAACACCAGGUAUCUACUACGCUUUCUAUGUCACUGUUACUGCUCCCACUGGUAGGCUAUUCCAGGUAUCUACUACCUUCCUAAAUCGAUGUUAACCUUUACUGCUCCCAUUGGAAGGCUAUUCCAAGUAUCUACUACCCUUUCUAUAUCAAAAUAAACCUUUACUGCUUCCACUGGAAGGCUAUUCUAGGUAUCUACUACAUUAAAGGCUUUUACUGCAUUUACUGGAAGGCUAUUCCCGGUAUCUGCUACCCUUUUUUAUAUCACUGUUAGCCUUUACUGCAUUUACUGGAAGGUUAUUCCAGGUAUCUACUACCAUCUUAUAUCAGCCGUUAUUGCUUCCUUUGGGAGUCUAUUCCUUGCAUCCACUACCUGUUCUGUGUGAAUGUUAGCCUUAGCUGCUUCCUCUGGAAGGCCGUUCCAGGUUUAUACUACUCUUUCCCACAGUGCAUGCUAUCACUAAUCUGGAAUUUUCAUUCUCUGUCAUCCAGAUACCCAGGGCAGCCAUAAUCGUAUGAGUUAGGGCAAUUUAACAAUACAUAUUCCACUUAAAGGGGCACUACAGUUAUGGUGUAUAGAACAUGCCCCUGCAGUCUUACUGCUCAAUUCUCUGCCAUUUAGGAGUUAAAUCACUCUGUUUAUAUCUCCUGGGCAGUGCUAUUCCUGUGGAAUCCUUCCCUGAUUCGUUAGACUCCCAGUCUCACCCAGUUCCUUCAAAAGAUCAUUCAAAACUCACAUCUUUAAGAAAGCAAAUCAAUGCUACUGCUAAUAGCUCUCCCUCCCCUCACCUUGGUUACCCAUCUUGCUUCCUCUCCUGCAACUAUGUCAUCCAAAAGAAUGAAUCCUUCACUGUUCGAGCAACCUACUUUUCCCGUAUAUGAAUCACAUCCUAGCCUUACCUCUUGUGCCACUUUACCCCACUCCUUCUAAAAUGUAAACUCGGUUGAGCAGGACCCUCUACACCCUCUGUUCCUGUGCGUCCUGUGGGUCCUAUGCGUUCCUGUGCGUCUUGUUGCUAAUACAUGUCUGUUAGUCCACCUAUUGUACAGAGCUACACAAUUUGUUGGUGCUUUUAUAAAUAAUAAUCAUAAUAUAGCCCUAGUCACAGCUCCCUGCAUAUGACUUGUAAAGCCUUCCUAAAUACUUCCUGCACAGAAAGAUCUAAUGUCUAUACUUCUUUUAUUGCACAGUCUGUUUAAUGUAGAAUACCUUAUCUCCUGCAUUGUUAAUAGCCUUCUAGAGCCUGAAGGAGAGUCCUGUGUGUGAUUAAAGUUACAUUUACAGAGCAUGGGAUGAAAUGUCUAAAGCAAGUUAAGGUCUGAUUGACAAUGAAACCAUUUUUUUCAUGCAGACUGUGUGAGUCACAGCCAGGGGAUGUGUGGCUAGAACGGCAUAAUCUAGAAGUUAUUUAACACCUAAAUGGAAGAGAAUUGAGCAGUGAGACUACAGAUGCAUGAUCUGUACACCAAAACUGUUUCAUUAAGCUAAUGUUAUUUUUGUGACUAUAGUGUCCCUUUAAACACUGAACACCAGCUACAAUGUUACAAACAGCUUGCCUAUAAACGGGUUAAUCAAUGCUUCCUUAUUUUUUCAGAUACUUUAGGAAAUAUUAAAUUAAUGAAUAGCCAACCAAAAGGUUAACCUUGCCCCUCUUAAAACCACUGAAAGGAAAACUGCAGACAGACUCUCAGGGGUAUUAAAUAAAGUAAGAAUUCAAAAUAAGUUUCAAAUUUAAGGUCAAUAUAGACAAAAUGGAAAUAUUAUGUUUCUGCUCGGCUACUCUGGCCUUAAAUGUUUAAUUCACAUUGAGUUCUCAGUUUAGUAAAUAAUCCUGUUAUUUCAAUAUGUGAUUUUAAAAAACUGUAUGGGGAGCUAUACAGAGCAAACAGCCUCAGAAAGUGUCCGUCCAGAAGAAUGAUGUCUUGUAAUCCCAAAUAACAAAGAAAUCCGUUGGCAUCUAAAACUCACAUACUGCAUAUUUAGUAAUAAGGAGACGUCCACCUGGGGGUAUUUACAGGACAAAUACCUUCUACCACUGCUCAGUAUAUCUUAUAUUUUAUUUUGUACCAAAAUUAUAUGGAACACGAACAAGAAAACCAUUGAAACUUGUCAAAAGAAUUUGAAACUUGGAAAAUGAACAACGUCAACAAAUAUCCCAUGAAUUUACCAGCAGAAUAAUGACUACGAGCAAAGUGGAGAUAAUGGUAUAAUGGUACAUAUAGGGUUAACGUGUGCGAACAUCGCACCCUACCUGGAGAAAUCGUAUUAUUUAUGGUCAAAACAGAGAAUGAAUGUAGCAAGCGGGCACAGUCCUUCAGACUCUGGUUUUACAAAAGAUUCUUUUUAUUCACUAAGCUAAAAAAAAUCAAAAAUGCUAAAACUAUGUCACCCUUUUCAUACGAUAGAGUCUCGGCGUGGAAAGGCAGUGAUGUAGAAUAAGUAUCUUGCAGAUUACGGAAAAUAGCACAGCUGAAUCACAAAUCUAUACCGCCAAAGCCAGCUAUGUUAAUAAACCAAUUAUAAGUAAAAAAUCACAGUAGGAAUUUAAAUAUCAUGAGAUUAACCAUUCGUGGGGCUUACUGCCUUGAAUAUGACCGCUCUAUGAAAUAACAGAUUUGAACAUGACGGUUGGUGGGGACAAGCAGUCACAGGAAUGUUAAAAGCAUGAUGAGGGUUAUUUAUGAAAGUGAUAAUUUAAAGAGAAGCCAAACUGGAAGCAUAGCUGACUCCGAGAGUUUUUUCAGCUCAGCUAGUUUGACCUUAAUGUGGCAGUGUCAUGGCCGCAUCUGUUUUAUUUUUUUAACCCCCCCUCUUCCUAUUUCACUACAUUUUAUUGUCCUCCUAGUCGCCCCCAAAUGCUUCUAGGACCCCCAUUUCACCUCUUUUUAUUGCUUUGUUUUUUGUCCGAAUCUAUGUCCUAGGUACCGCCAUCUUUGUGUUCCCUGGAUGACGUGUGCUACAUGGGCUCCAUCUGCCCACAAUAGCUUGUACUAUGAAUUCCAUGCCCAGUUGUAGACUCGGGCAAUUACUUUUGACCAAAAUUCAGACAGCACUUACAGCUAUUCUUUAAUUCAUCAAAAAGACAAUUGAAUGAAUAGAAAUUACAAAGAACGAACAGAGACCGAAUUUCAAUUCGAUCUUUGUUCAAUUGUUUAAUUUAUUACAAAGAGGGAAAAAUGUGAAAAUAGAAGCAGCAUGGAGCUGUGCUCCCCACCACUUCCUGAAUCCCUUAUAUUAGCUUUAGGGGGGCUAAAUUCUCCAUUCUGCCCCUACUCAUUCUCAUUCUCCAUUCUGCUCCUGCUGUGAGUAUGGGGCAUGUAUACUAAACAGUGAUCUGCUGUUUGGCUGCUCACUGUUGUUAAGAAAGACCCCCCCCAAUCCAAUUAAGGGGGAUCUGCCACAGAUCUCCAAUGCCCUAAUGUUGGGGCAUCUAUUUAAAUCAUUUACAAGGGGGGACAUAGUGAUCCCCUCCAGGCCCCACCCAUGCCCUGCAAGUAUGGCUAUUAGACUAAACAGGGAACCUAUUAUUCCCCCAUAGUCCGCUAAUGGGUGGUGGCUGGGAGAGGGCAAUAGGCUCUCCCUUUCACAUAGGGCACCCACCAGCUGCCAAUGGGUGGGAACUGGGGGGCACAAUAGGUCCCCUCAUUAUCAAAUAGAGCCCUCACCCGCCACUAAUGGAUGAUGGCUGGAAGUGGACACUAUGUCCCCCUUAUUAAUGAAGGCCCCCACGCACUGAUAUUGUGUAGGAGCUCAGGUGGAUUUUCCAUUACCAAUUAGGGCUCCCACCCUCAGCCAAAGAGUGGGGCUGGGGGUGGGAAAUAAGUUCCCCUAUUGUCGACUAGGGCCCGCAUCUGCAGCUAAAGGUGGGGGCUGGGAGGGGACAAUAGGUCCCCCAUUACUUAGUGAAACCACUUACCACUAAUGGAUGGGAGUUGGUGGGACCCCCAUUGUUAAUUAAAGCCCCCCCCUGCUGCUAAUAGGUAGGGGCUGGGGUGGGGGGAAAAUAGUCUCCCAUUAUUUAUGGUAUCCACCCAUCGAUGAUAGAUGGGGGUGGGGGUAUUCCCCAUUAUCAAUUAGGGCCACCAUCCACCACUAAUGGGUGUGGGCUGGGGGACAACAAUAGGUCCCCCGUUUAGUUUAAUAGCACUCCUGUGGUAUGGGUGGGGGCAAGAGAGGGGCACUAGGUUCCCUCCACUGUUAUUUAUUUUAACAGGUGCCCCACCGUGCGGGUGUGAAAUUUUUUACAACGGUGAGGAGCCACUGGCAGGACGUUCGGAAGAGAGAACUCCUUCCUCCCCCCUAGAGCCCGGCAGGAAAGGGGCCAUGAGGGUGGGGGGGACCUAUUAACACCAAAGUGCCAGGAAAACGAGUUUGUUUUCCUGGCACUAUAGUGGUCCUUUAAGAGUAGGAAAAAUACACAAGACAAAGUAGUCUUAUUUUUUUUUAAAAAAAACAAGAUCAGAAAUAAAGAAAAGAAGAACAGAUUCUAAUCGAGGAAGAGAAGAUAAAGUGAUUGGGAAAAGGUCAUGCGUGACAGUGCUGCUUUCAAUUUGAAUUUCACUUUGAAUUUACCUAGAAUUCUCACUUUUGUGAAUUACCCAGUACGAGGGGAGUGUUGUACGAGGUUGAAACGGAUAGAUUGCAGUAAAUGGGAAGGAUGGAAUGGACUGAUUAUAACGAGUAUAGUCUGAUCUGCAAGAGGAUAUUAUUAGAUCGAAUGUGGCGUGAAUUAACGGACUGAUAAUAAAUGGUAAAAAAUUAAAGCAUUCAAUGUUUACUGUAUCUACAUAUACAGGGCUCAAAAUUCCCCACUAGCAAAUGGCGAGUGAAAAUGUAGAUAUAUGAACCCUGAUAUAUAUAUUGUAAUAUUUAUAGUAAUAUUAUAAUAGUUAAAGUAAUAUUAUAACACAUGCAUGCAGUGGUCCAGGAUAAUAAUAGUAAGAUAAAAAUGGAGUAUGUGUCUCACCCCCAUGCCCAGAUGUGCUGCUAUAAAUACAUUUACAUGUUUUGUAAAAGGCCAAGCUUUUUGUGCUACCUGUAGGUGGGGAGAAACCUCAAGUUCAUAAAGCUGAACAAUGCCCCUCUUCGCUCUGACCUGCAAACAGCAGUGUUGGUGUUCUCCUAAAUAUAUACACUACAAGUGAUUAAAUUGCUAAAUGGAAAAUGCAAAAUCGAGCUUCUUACAAUCUUCAGUUAAAAUUGGUGGCCUGGGCUUGGAAUUGAGGAAUUUUAUUACACAUCCCUUUGCAUGCAGUAAUGCAUGUUUAUCACGUCAGACCAUAUCCUUUUCUCCUAGACUGUCCAGGCCGGCCUAAUCUUGAGAAGCCCUCCACCAACUUUCUAUUCCUACCUCUGGGGGCGACUCAAUGCCUAACGUGUCUGCAGCCGGGAGCUCCCUACAGACUCCUUGAAAUCACUUUCCUCUAAAUUGCUUAAAUCCACUGACCCAUUUUUUUUACACACGCUAAAAAUGGGCAGAGAACGGGAGUGUUAUCUGCUGAGUGCUUAUUCCACAGUAUGCAAUGCUAUCCACGGCUUCUCUAUCAGUAACCAUUAGGGUAACGCUGAUUAGUUCUCGAAAAUGAAUACGUGGCUGGUUUUUUUCUGAUAAUGAAUUCAAAAUUGCUUUAGAAGAGAGAGCAGUUUUACUCUUAGUAGAUUACACAGUUUCAUUGUUAUUGAACUUAACAGUUAACUGCUCGGAAGGACCAACUGAGCAAUUACUGAGGCUUUUCUACUUCAGGAAAAAUGGUCGACAAUGACCCUAUAAAAUAUUUGGCCUCAUUCAGAAUCUGUUCUGCUCGAUGUUUGGCCAUUUGAAUAAAUGAGCCAAAAAAACUAAAUACAUUGGCCAUGAUUCAAUGGCUGAAAUUCUUAAUUAUUAUGUGCAGUUCUUCUGUCUUCUGCUGGGAAUGUGAGCACAGCGGGAGAUUUGGAAUAAAUGUAUCUACUCACUCUCUGCCAGAAAUGAGUCACCAUUUAGAUCUCCCAGUUCACGGCUCGAGUAUAAACUCUACAUGUGAAGCUAUUUAUUGACAAUUAUUUUAGUCUAGAAAUGUUGAAAUAUUGAUCAAUGACUUUGGCUAAUAUUAUUACCUCAAAGGGCAAAGUAUGUCCACUCCAAUUUCAGUCACUUUAAUUGCACUCCAGAAGGAGGGGGUAUGAACCCUUAGAAAGUACUAUUUGUCACCUCUCAAGUUUCACCUUUCUCUUCUCAUCCAUAGUGCUGAUCUUGGCCCCAGUCAGUAGAAUUCUAAUAAAAAUCCUAGACAAUUAAGCUGCCCCUAACAAAGAGACUUGUAUUAAUGCCAUCUUGAUGUAAGUAUCCCUUCUUUACACUCAUAUUAAUGUCGGGCUGGGUGUGAUCCUAGUUCACCUCCUGUGGUCCUACAGUACAUGUAUUGGUGUUAUGGGCAUAAUUAUGUUCCUGUGAUUGAUGUGGUGUUUCUAAGUUUACCAAUAAACUGUGUCAAUUCGCUCCUGGGCUCCUACUCUCCAGCUAUCAUCAUAAACUCCCAAUGGGCCACCAGCAUAUAUGAAAAAGGUCUGAGACAAAUACUUUGCUAAAAAAGUGAUCUGCACUAUUACAUAGAAAAUGGACGGUUGAGAUAGGUCAGUUGAUUUUUAGUCCCCCAUAAAAUCGAUAUUUCUACAUUUCUAACAAUGUGGAAGAAGAUUGGGUAAAGAAUGUGGCUGGAAACUUCUGAGAUCCAUUCAUUCAGCGUGACCAGUUCUUCAAUUAAAACCUUUGGCGUUAUAUUUGUUUGUGGGAAAUAUUGACCCAUCAUAUAUUGUGCGUUGUAAGUAUUAAAUGUAUCUGCUGUGCUUUCAGGACAAUGGGAAGCAUAUCUUCUCACAAGUCUACGUUUAGGAGCAGAGUCUGGGUGUCUCGCACACUGGAUGGAAUUGACUCUGCAUGAGUUAUAUUUAGUAUUAUUAGAUCUACAGUUGCUUGGUCAGAUCAUAAGCUGUUAAGAUUUAGAUCCCAAUGGGAGAUUACAGCUUGUUUUGGUAAAAUGAGAGGUGGGCUGGAGUAGCAUUGAGAAUGAGAGAAUAAUGUGAUCAUACUUGUUAUCAUAUAGGCUUUUGUCUAGUGUUGAUGGUAACAGCUUCCAUACAUACAAUUACUUCUAUUGAACUGGUUUUAAAGACCAAGUACAGUAAGGUCAUAGUCAUUUAGAUAUGGCUUUACCACACUUACUAGCAAUCAGAUAUUGCUUAAAGGAUCACUGUAGUGUCAGUAAAACAAAACAGUUUUCCUGACACCAUCUCAUCCUUGGGGGACCCUCACUCUCAGGGUCCCCCUCCCUUGGCGCUGAAGAUGUUAAAACCCCUUAAGCAGCUUACCUUAACCAGCACCGGGCUCCCUCGGCGCUGGUGACCUCUCCUCCCCUGCCAAUGUCAGCUCCCAAGUGGAGUGGAAUGCGCAUGCGCAGCAAGUGCAGCGCGCUCAUUCAAACAGUCCAUAGGAAAGCAUUUCUCAAUGCUUUCCAAUGGAUGUUCUGCACGCUGGAUGCGAUUUUCGCAUUGAGCGUCGUGGAAGCGCCUCUAGCUGCUGUCAGGAAGACAGCCACUAGAGGUUGGAUUAACCCUGCAAUGUAAACAUAGCCGUUUCUGUGAUGCAGCUGCAGGGUUAAAACCUGGGGGACCUGGCACCCAGACCACUUCAUUGAGCUGAAGUGAUCUGGGUGACUAUAGUGUCCCUUUAACUUUUCUUUUCUUUCCACGUCCUUUCUUUGUCACAGGCUGCAGGGUACUACAACCACCUCCUGCAGGCCUCUAAAACCCUAUUUACUCAAUACAACUCUUAAAUCAAAUCGAAAACACAUCCUGCAAGUAACAACCACAGGCCACUAGAUCCACUUGUGGUGCCCCACUAGAUUCACCUGACGCUCUCUCUGUAGAUCGACUUCCUCCAUCCCUAUAGAUUCACGUCAUAUAGGUUACAGCUUGCAGUCACCUAUAUCAAACAUCCUCCACGCUACUAGAACCUUCUUCUCAAUAAAUGCACAUCCAGCUGGUCAUGAGAGCCACGUUACAUUCCAUUCAAUGUAUAACCUGCAGGUCACCAGAGCCACAUUCUACAUUCCACUAGAUACAAAUUCUGCAGAUCACCAGUCCCAAAAUCAACGUUCCACUAAACCCAUAUGUCACAGGGCACUAGAGAUACAUCUGUGUUCCGCUAGAUCCAUGAUCAGCAGAAAUCACCUUACAUGCCCCUCAAACUAACAAAGACACUCGUAGAUAUUAGUUUUCAGUGUGUGUAAUUUGGGCAACAUAUUAAACCUGAAACAGCAGUUAUAGAUCCCAUGUGGAACGAUGGCCGCUGGUUGACUUGGUUUUAAGUACAGCCAUUUUGGAAAACGUAUUUCUCUCCUGUUGAGCUGCUAGAACAGGGGAAUGUUCAUUGUAGUUGGUUAAUGCACUAAUAGAGGCAGCAGGGUUUAAAGGAGAGUGAUGAAAGUUUAAUUAUCAGUGUGCAGAGGAAUACAGACCCUGCUGCAAAUCUCCUGGGAAUGCUUUGAAGUUUUAAUCUUGAGCAACGAAAGCCAGAGGGGACAGUUCUUACGAGUUUGACCCCUCGUCUCUAAUCUGACUGAGGAGUUACCCGAUAAAGAAAUGCUCUAAUUGCACAUGAUCUUAUUCUCGAGCAUUUCUGGAUUAUAAUGGGUGUUAACAUACUCUAUAUAGAGAUUUAAACCAGUUGGGGUAAUGUCAGCAUCAGAGAUUGAUUUUGAUACGGUUUUGUUGAUUUUCAGUCCAUUUGCUAGUAGUUUCUGUCUCUUUUAAUUUUUAUUCUAGCACCUUAUUCCAAUUCAUGUCCUUGAACAGGACCUGACUAGGAAAGAGAAAAGGCUGCUUUUCUCCAAUAUCUACAGCGUUAUUCAAUAAAGUGUGAAUUUCAAAGUAAAUUAAUUGGAAAACGUUUCCAAGUCAGCUCUGUUUACAUUCAAUUAGUCACAAUGACUGGCAAUUUUUGUGCAAAAAUUUGACUUUCACUUUGAACUCCCUUUAAAUGUCUGAGAAUCUACACUUUAGUGAAUAAACAUUAUAGUAUAAUUUUGCUAAAAGUGACCUUCCACUCCGUAGGUAAUUCAGCAAUGGUGAAUAUUUUUACUAAUCUGUGAUCACUGAUUGGGUUUUGUAUCAGGUGACACAAAUAGAGAACUGGAAUAUUGCCUGUAAAUGUUCUUGGUUAUAAACCAUUAUUGUAGAAUUAACUACAGAGUUCUUAAUGCCUUUAAUUUAUUUUAUAUUUUUAUGUGUUCGUGAAAAUUACAUUUAAAAUUAAAUCACUUAGUUGCAAACUCACCCAGUUAUUUAUUGAUCUCUUAUAGAAUCAUUUUACAGAAUAUAUAUUUUUUUUUCCUAGGAUGUAAUGACGGGCAAUGCUAUAUAUUUUUUUGUUUGUUUCAAUAUUUUUUUCUUUGUUUUUUUGGGGUAGAAAAGGCCACACCAUAUAUUAUGAUUAAUAUAUGUUUUACCUUUCAUUGGCUCAUAAAUUACUAAACAUUUAAUCAUGGUUUUCAUAAAACACCAAACAGUUUUCUAUACAUAAAGGAAAACAACGUUUGAGGUCACCGUAUUUGUUUUUAAUUGAUCAAGGUUUUUUGGGGGGCAAUUAAUGACGGGUACUUAAGGUUUGAGCACUCAGCAAUUUUAUCCAUCAUUUUAACAAUUCUCCAACCACUUAUUUUUUCUUUUGGAAAUUCUUGAAACUGAAAAAUUCCACAUAUAUAUAUAUAUAUAUAUAUAUAUAUAUAUAUAUAUAUGUGUGUAAAAAAACCCCAGCUAAAAUGUGUGUAUAUAUAUAUAUAUAUAUAUAAUUAAUUUAUGUUUUGGGGGAGGUGGUAAAAAUAUAUUUGAAAGGGGGGGGGGGUAUAAAUGUUUUCAAAAUAAACAGAUAUAUAAUACAAAAAUAUACAGAAGCAGUUUAUAAUCACCAAAGCAGCUUAGCAAAGAUACAUGUAAGAUCUGUAUAGCAACAUCUUCAACACACUAAUUAUCAUAAAAAAUAGAUAAUAUUUUUGCUAAAAGGAGGCAAUGCAAAACAAACACACGACAAAUGGAAAGAAGGUAUCAUGGGGCUUGAUCGAGAAUAGGAAAAGGUCACGUCGUGGUUGAGGUUUUCAAAGAAUUGAUUUAUUUAUAAAAUAUUUUACCAGCAAGUAAACAUUGAGAUGUCUCUAAUUUUCUCAUUAUUAUUAUUAUUAUUAUUAUUUUAUUAUUUAUAUAGCGCCAACAAAUUCCGUAGCGCUGUCUUGCAUAAUCUUUUUAUUGUGAAAAAUGCAAUAUAACAUGUUUAACCAUAAAAAAAAAAUCACAAGUAAUCCUUCAAAACAGACAGUUCCCAAUGUAAGCCGAGACCUCACAAGAAAAAAAUAACUGUGUAUUUAAUUACAGAAUAUACCGAAUAUACAAUGUAUGAAGUUCUUACUUGACUCAGGCAUGUGUGUGAAAAAAACAAAACAAAAAAACAGUGUGAAAUAUAGGGAGAUACAGAUAGACAGACACCUUCUGAUAAAUGGGUAGACAGACACACAGACAAGCCAACAUAGAUAGAUAUACAGACAUGCAGACAGACAGACAGACAGAUAUGUAGAUAGAUAGAUAGAUAGAUAGAUAGAUAUAUGCUAUGCCUAAAGUAGGAAACAGUUAACGAUAAGUGCGUAGGAAAGUUAUCCUUUCAAGUACAGGAAAUGAUUCUGUCAGUAAUAGUGACAAGUUUGGAGAAGCAGAAGAAAUCGUAAAUAGGAGGCUGCCAAGUGAGGCCUCACAAUUCAGUGGAGGAGAGUGGAGAAGAGCCCCGACAAGCUCGUUACCUGCUAGCGGAGAGUGAGGAGGGUUUGGCCACUUGAGCAGUUCUGUGCUUGUCCCUGCACAUUACCAGCUGAAAUGGUGCUCAGCGCUCACAUCUCCAUACCUAAUCGCGAGCAGAGAUAGCAGACGAUUCUGGCUGACAUGGCUUUUCAUCUGCAGUUCUGAAAUAGCCGGGGUCAUAAUUACAGUCUGCCUGAUGGCAAAAAGCUGACCUGACGGCUGACGUAUCUUGUGACUGUAUAGACAGACAUACUAUAUAUAUUAUUUAUAUUAUAGAACAAGCUUGAAUUAAAUAAAUAAAUGAAGGUCCGUGUUGUAAAACCAGAACAUCACAGUUAUAGAAUUCUCAGAAAAUGUUUAUAUAAUUGUCAUUAUCUUAAAAUAUUAGAGAUGUUUGGCCAGAUUUCGCAAAUCGCCCAGGCUGGAACUAUAGCGCUUCUUUUACAUAUAUUAUAUUAUAUGAUAUUGUGUCUUGUAAAAGUAUCCAGAAUCCCAAUCAGUUAUAACAAAUUACUAAAAUUAUAGAAUUCUGGGAUCCAGCAGAUAUCUCAAAAAAAAUAAAUAAAACAAAACAUAGUGCAAUAUUGUUUUCAAAUAAAGUAACAAAACACUUCUUGGUUGCACUCACUUUUAUUCCAGAAGUUUGGUCAUUAAGGGGUUAAAGGUGUCUCCCCUGUUGUUAGUUACAGCCGUCUGCUGGGGGUUUUCCAAGACUGGAAGCCAAGCUCAGGAACCUCAGUGAUAUUACAAUCUGGAGAUUUGAUAAACAGUACAAAGUAAGGUGCUUUAUUGGCACACAUAGUAAUAAAAACAAAUGCAAAGAAAAAUAAUUUUAAAAUAACUAACAUAUUACUAAACUACAGUUGAUACAUUAAUAUUUAUUCGACAUAACAAUGUAUUUUCUUUUAUAAAAGAAUAUAAAACCGACGUCCUAUCUGUAGAUAAAUCUAUACUGAUAACCUCAUGUCCUAUCUGUAGAUACAUUUACUUCCUAUAUUGAUAAGCCCACUUCCAAUCUGUAGAAAAACCUGCUUCCUACACUGAUAAACUCACUUCCUAUCUGUAGAUAAAUCUGCUUCCUAUAAUGAUAAGCCCACUUCCCAUCUGUAGAUAAACCUGCUUACUGUAAUGAUGAGCCAACUUCCUAUCUGUACAUAAAUCUGCAUCAUAUUCGGAUAAACCCACUUCCUAUCUGUAGAUAAACAUGCUUCCUAUAAUGAUAAGCCCACUUCCUAUCUGUACAUAAAUCUGCAUCAUAUUCUGAUAAGCCCACUUCCUAUCUGUAGAUGAAUCUGCUUACUAUAAUGAUAAGCCCACUUCCUAUCUGUAGAUAAACCUGCUUACUGUAAUGAUAAACUCACUUCCUAUCUGUAGAUACAUCUGAUUCCUAUACUGAUAAACCCACUUCCUAUCUGUAGAUAAACAUGCUUCCUAUAAUGAUAACCCCACUGUACAUAAAUCUGCAUCAUAUUCUGAUAAACCCACUUCUUACCUGUAGAUGAAUCUCAUUACUAUAAUGAUAAACGUACUUCGUAUCUGUAGAUGCAUCUGCUUCCUACACUGAUAAGCCCACUUCCUAUAUGUAAAUAAAUCUGUUUCCUAUACUGAUAAACCCACUUCCUAUCUGUAGAUAAAUAUGCUUCCUAUAAUGAUAAACCCACUUCCUAUCUGUAGAUACAUCUGCUUCCUACACUGAUAAACCCACUUCCUAUAUGUAAAUAAAUCUGUUUCCUAUACUGAUAAACCCACUUCCUAUCUGUAGAUAAACCUGCUUACUGUAAUGAUAAACUCACUUCCUAUCUGUAGAUACAACAUGAUUUUGAUACAGAUAAACCCACUUUCUAAGACACUUUGUAUCUCUUCAUUAAACCCAUUUCCUAUGUGCAGUUUGUAAUCUCGGCUAAGAAAUAUCGUCACAGCCUAAUGAGCAAUACAGUUUGGCUUACUGUCAGGUUACCACUGCACGGUAGCCAUAUUAAUGAUGUUUAGGGAACUGUUGUGCAACAAAGAAAAAAAUAGAUUUUUCUUAUUGUCUCCAGAAAAUAAUUAUAUCACAGCAGAUUUAAACACAGUUCGUGUUCCCAAAUGCACCGUGUACAAUAUGUCUUGAAUUAUACUACAGUUGAGGUUCAUACAGACAGUAUAUUCAGUAAGACAUAACACAGAUGAUAGAUUGUGUGUUAAUUGUGAUAAAGUCAGAGGGACUGCUAGUUACUAGCCAGCCGGGCAGAUUUCACCUAAACAAUAUUGCCAUUUUUAUCAAUUUUUUUUAUUAAAGGUUUAGAUAAGAAACAAAAUUCAAUAUUGAAAUGUAACAUUGGUGAUUCACAAAGUUAAAGUAUAAAGAAUUAAUCGUUUAAGCCAGUAAUAAUUAAACAUUUAAUACAUUAAAAUAAAUUACAAGCUUUGACUUAUUGUUAAGUUGUAACAAACCAAAAAAGUAUUACCUUGAAUUUAAUUGUUAUAUAUUAGUCCAAGUGGUUCCAAAUAUGGGACGUUAGAAAAGAAAAGAAGGUAGGUGGUUAAGAUUUAUUAAAAUAAAUAAAUAGGUUGAUUAGAAAGGAAGAAAGAGAAAAAAGAAAAAAAAGGUAGAUUAGGAAAUGGAAGAAUAGAAUGGUCAGUGGGGCAGUCUUCCGUUAAUGGAUGCGAGAAAUGUAGUCACGUCAAUUAUAUGAUUAAAUUUCAAUUUACAUAGCAAGAGAUACAAUUGUUUAAGGUAAAUUACAUCUGAUUGAAAGUUAAACCAGGUUUUUUUUCAUGCAGGCUCUGUCAAUCAGAGUCAGGGGAGGUGUGGCAAGGGCUGCAUAAACAGAAACAAAGUAAUUUAACUCCUAAAUGACAGUGAAUUGGGCAGUAAAACCUGAGAGGCACGAUCUAUACACCAAAACUGCUUCAUUAAGCUAAAGUAGUUUAGGUGACUAUAUUGUUCCUUUAAACUAAAAUAUAUUUACUGAGUUAUGAGUUUUGAAUUCAAAUGGAUUAUUUUAUUUUAAAAUAACUUGUUGAUACUUACAGUUUGAAAUGGAAUGUCAGAGCCUGAUGUUAAUGAGACAUUUCUAUGUAUUUGUUUUGCAGUGAGUUUGCUAGACACGGCUAUGAUUCCAGGUGACUGGGGUUGGCUCACCUACCCACCACAUGGAGUAAGUAUCAAACAACUAUGUAUCUACUCGUAAUUGGUUUUCAGGUUGGAUAUAUCGCUUUUUGUGUGGAGUUUAGUGGUUUCCAUUUUCCAUAUCAUUCAUGAUUUCAUUUUCUAUUUUUUGGAAUACAGAUUGAAGUUAAUUAUAAGUAAUGUUACAUUAAAAUUUAAACAGACCCAGGGCCCAUCUCACGGAGGAAGGGUCAGCCUUCAGAGGAUCCAAUCAUUUCAGCUUUGAAACUGCAUUCAAUUAAACUUCACCUUAUAUUUCCUGAGAAAUCCCGUGGCUCUGUGUUCCUUUCUCUGUAGUAGUCAUAAUAUGGGCUAUAUGUAGACCUCUUAUCACAAUUAAUAGUGACAAGGUCGGACACAAGUCUCACCUCAUCCUCUCCUGACUGUAAGAUGCUGAAAUGAACCUGUAAGCAUGUCAGAUAUAAUAUUAAAUCCCCCCAAAAGUGAUAGCAUGUCAUGAUCAGAGAGCGAGGGAAACAAAACGUGACAUGUAUACACUGGAAUUAAACUAGGCAGCUGUAUGUGUUGCCAUUCGUAUCCCUUAAACAAAGGUUGGAAGGUAAAACAUGGCAAUCCUUAUUUAUUUUUCAACUUAUUAAACAAUGUGACUUUUGUAUCAAUCUAAUCAUGAAAUUAGCUAAAAAUAGCUUUCUAGAUAUAACAAUAUCUAUCAAUAUAUCAAUACGCAGUAACUCACACGUCUAGACUGUAGAAGCCACAAACACUGCUGAGCAUUCCACUUUAAACUGAGAGUAAUAUAUUUAAUAAUCUCCUAGUGGCCCUGGUAGAAAAUAUUAUUAAACCUCACAUCAGCAUGCCACGUUGCCAAGCUGGCAUGUUUCCAGUAAAAUGCAGGAUAAGGCUCAGUGGGGAUGUAGUUGAAGAACAGUUGUAGGGAUACCAAUUCACUGCAAAUUGAUUAAGUGGACUUUCCUUGGAAAUUAGAAUCACCAGUACAAAACCUUUGCUUACUCAGAGCUCCGGCCUUCUGACCAAUGUUUCUGCUAACCAGAAUGUCAAGCUUUGUUGAUGGUAUGAAGAGAUCCAUGACUCAUGAAAUAAAUUAUUAAGGCAGGCAUGUGCCCCAGUCUCUAUCUUUACACAGUAUCCUUCAAUGUAAAGACAAUGUGUCCCAACCUCUAUCUAUACACAGUAUCCUUCAAUGUAAAGACAACGUGUCCCGGCCUCUAUCUAUACACAGUAUCCUUCAAUGUAAAGACAACGUGUCCCGGCCUCUAUCUAUACACAGUAUCCUUCAAUGUAAAGACAACGUGUCCUGAUCUCUAUCUAUACACAGUAUCCUUCAAUGUAAAGACAACGUGUCCUGAUCUCUAUCUAUACACAGUAUCCUUCAAUGUACAGACAACGUGUCCCGGUCUCUAUGUAUACACAGUAUCCUUCAAUGUAAAAAAACAUGUCCAACCUCUAUCUAUACACAGUAUCCUUAAAUGUACAGAUAACAUGUCCCGGCCUCUAUCUAUACACAGUGUCCUUCAAUGUAAAGACAACUUGUUCCGACCUCUAUCUCUACACAGUAUCCUUCAAUGUAAAGACAACGUGUCACAGCCUCUAUCUCUACACAGUGUCCUUCAAUGUAAAAACAAUGUGUCCCGGCCUCUAUCUAUACACAGUAUCCUUCAAUGUACAGACAACGUGUCCCGGUCUCUAUCUCUACACAGUAUCCUUCAAUGUAAAGACAACGUGUCCCGACCUCUAUCUAUACACAGUAUCCUUCAAUGUAAAGACAACGUGUCCCGACCUCUAUCUAUACACAGUAUCCUUCAAUGUACAGACAACGUGUCCCGACCUCUAUCUCUACACAGUAUCCUUCAAUGUAAAGACAACGUGUCCCGGCCUCUAUCUAUACACAGUAUCCUUCAAUGUAAAGACAACGUGUCCCGGUCUCUAUCUCUACACAGUAUCCUUCAAUGUACAGACAACGUGUCCCGACCUCUAUCUAUACACAGUAUCCUUCAAUGUAAAGACAACGUGUCCCGACCUCUAUCUAUACACAGUAUCCUUCAAUGUAAAGACAACGUGUCACGGCCUCUAUCUAUACACAGUAUCCUUCAAUGUACAGACAACGUGUCCCGACCUCUAUCUCCUCAGCAUCUACCUAUACACUGUAUUCUUCUUAUUUACCUCCUUCAUUUUGAUCUUGGUUACAAGAGACACAAUAAGUUGAAUUGUGCCGACAAAGAUCUUGGUGAUUCUUUUUAUAAGUCAAUCUCUAAUAGGAAAAUGGCAAGUAAAGACAAAAAUAGUGCAUUACAGGUUAUAAAAAUUCUAUAUAUUCCGGAAAUUAUCUUUUUUUCAUACUUCACAGAAAAUGCUAUAAGGGAAAUGUUCAGUGAAGAUAAAGACAGACUGUUUUUGAGUUGGCCGCUGUGCGCUGUUUGUAUGCCAUGCUGGCCUGCAUUCAGACAGGUGCAUUUUUCUAUUUUGUGACAUAUUUGAAAUUGACUAAACAGCUGCUACUCGUAUAAAGAACAUUGAUUUCCCGCUCCUGAAAGCAGAGUAACAGAGCGUGAAUCCAUCCAAAAUAUACGCGUCUCGCUCUUUCAUUUUUCAGUCUUUUUAAUCAUGUUUGGAUUUUGAUUAAAACAUGCCUUUUUGGAUCACACCCUCAUAUAGAGAAUACAGCUCAUAAAGAAAUAUUGGAAACCAAAGAAAAAUACACUGUUUAAAGUAAACAAUACAACACUGCAAUUGAUACAUUUAUGGCUGAAAUUUUAUUUUAUUUAGUAAUUAUAUUGCACUAGAAUAGCACUAUUAUUUAGAAUUUUAGUAAUCAGGGGUGGGCUGGUUGGGUAGGGGAGUUUCAAGAGCCUGCAGCUUUUUUUAUCUUCAGUACAUCGUGAGAUGUUCUGUAGUAUGGUCAGUGAUUGCUGGUUUUAGAUGAGCUGCCUAUCGGGGACCCAUAUCAUACCAUGAACAUCAAAGCACUGAGGAGGAAAACUACAAACUUACACUUAUAUUUUGUACUUGAAGUUUCAUCAAUCCGAGCAACUGUGGGGAAGGGACAAAACCGAUUCGGGGUAUAGCAGUUCUGUAUAUUCAUUGCCUGUGGCCUGAAUAAUUGUACUGUUGAGGUGGGAUGGUUGAAUAUGUCUUGGUGAUGGUGCACAAGUUGGCCACAGUGGCAAAGUUAAUUUUUGUACUGGGUUUGAGGUAGAUAUGAUAUGAGACUUACUAUACUGUGGAGCUAAUUGGAACAUGAAGAUUAAAUAUUUGUGGUGCUGACCUAAACAGGGGGAUAAGUAAACUGAACGGGAAAACUUUGUCAUUGAGAUAACUGAGUAGACUAGUGUUGGGGUUUAGGGAUUAAAGAUAAAGGGGUUUGGGGAGGGGCAAUUGCAUGGUAGGAGCCUAUUUUGCCAUAUAUGUAGUUCUUGGGUGUUGGGGUGAAAAGGGAGGCUUGUAUUGUGGAUGGCAAAGGUGAGGAGUGUUAUAUUUGAAUGUUUUGAGAGGAUUGAGUUGAGUGUUGGAGUGGAGUGGGAAGCUUGUACCAAAAAAUAAAAAUAGAGAAUUGGUGAACUGUUCAAGGAACAGGUGAUAAUGUAAAUAACUUAAGACAUGGCAGAAGGAAACAGGGUAAAUGCAGAAGGGAGACAAUAUUGAUGAGAGGACAAUGAGAAGAAGGAGAAGAAUUGUAUGUGGAAUGUUGAGAAGAAUGUAUCGGGCAAAGUCAAGUAGAAGAAUUGCUUUUGUAUAUUGAAAGAGACUUACAUCCGAUGACCAAUUUAUAGUACAACUUACAAGUGUUUCAAUAUCCUUGCUCAAAUAAUUUUCCUAUUCUCUGUCCUUGGCCCCCGUCUUUUUAAUCUGUUUAUAAAUUAUCUUGAAGGGCACUGAAAGUCAUGUCGGUGUUUGUAGAUGACACAAAGCUAGGUAAGGAAAUAUAGUUUGAACAAAAUAUAACUUCUCUACAAUGGGAUAUGGAUAAAUUGGGGGACUGGGCAGGCAAAUGGCAGGUGAGAUUCAAUAUAGAAAAAAUACAAAGUUAUGCAUUAUAGGAAUAAGGAACCCACAAGCCACUUAUACAUUACAUGGGACUGAGUUAGGGAAAACAGUAGAUGAGAAGGACAAUUAUAGCCAACAAACUAGGCAACAGUAUACAAUGCCGGCCUGCCAUUGUAAAGGCUAUUAAUGGGCUGUUGUGUAUUUUUAAAAAGGCCUGUUUUGGAAAAACAAAAUACUCAAGGCUAAAAUUAACAUGGAUGUGGGUUGCGUAUCCAAGGAGUCACAAAUUGGGUUUGUUGUAAUCAUUUGAAUCAACAGGAUAAAAAGAUGUCUUUUAAAGGUCUAACUUGAUGGGCUCAAGUCUUUUUUCAACUUAGGCUACUAUGUAACUAUGUUACUAUAUACCUUUAUCCUUUAUUCUUUCUUUUCUAUCUCACUUAUGAAUUAAUUUCCCUUGCUGCUGGCCUUCAUUUCUACCAUCUCCAACUUUAUAUCCAAGAUAUAUUUAAUAAAAUAAAUUGUUAGAAAAUAAAUAAGGCGGUCUGGGUCUCUGAUGGUGACCUCCAGAAAUGGCAAAACAGGCCCCCGAGCCACAAGUUACGAGCAUUCUCCUACUGAUUAAUAAACUAGCCCUACAGAGCAAAUAAUGACUUGUUUAUACUAUUAAAGUCUGGAUGUAUGUACAUUCUGCUUUUAGAGCUACAUUAUAAACACUGGAUGCAGGUGUGUGGCUGUUCUGUUUCAGUUAAACAUAACCUCAUAAUGAAAAUGAGACUUUCCCCAAAAAUUAUGUUUUUUUCUUAACUGCUUCCAUUCAAACCAUUGAUCUUAGGAUGGGUGACCAUGUUAAAUCUACUAAGCCAGAAUUAAUGAUUUUAUAUAUAUAUAUAUAUAUAUAUAUAUAUAUAUAAUUAUCUGGUCCUGCAUGUUGCCAAACAUAUGGACAUUAGAAAUUCUCUUGCUUCUCAUUUUCCUGUGAAGUUAUCAUAUAGCCGAGGAUCUGUAAAGCGUGGCUCAGCAAGCACAUUUGGCUGGUAGAGGCAAAAGAGAAGUUAAUUAUGAGAUAGGAAAAAGAUCGUAUGGAGAGGAACAAAGGACUGGCUACAGAGAUUGGGUGGAUGAGCCGGAAAUGUAAAUGGUUUGAUAUAGAAAGAGAUACUUGGCUUUGGCAGAGGCUAAUUGUGCCAGUAUGAGCAUAACAGAGAAUAAACAAAAGAGAAAGCAGCGAGGACGGUUUAAAUGAACAAACAUAGUGAUAACAGGCUGUAUGCAGGAUAGGACACUGACCGUACGAGAUAAGACCUGAUGGGAUAAAGAUUCUUUAUUUGUUCAGUCUUUACCCGUUCUCCAUACAGUACGACAUCGCUCGUCGACGGUGUCUUGGGAGAUAUGGCCAACUUGGAGUCUAUCAGCUGUUAACAUCUUUGUUUGGGCCUCAAUGAAUACUGAUUUAUUUUUUCCGCUAAGCGUGUUGAUUUUAAUUUAAAUCAUUAGAAGAGUCCUGAAUACAAGUGGAAUUAGAACCUCCCCCUGUUAAUUAAGAUGUCCUCAUUUUCAACUCGCUAGGGGAUGUUAUCACGAUGGCAACAGACGAGACGGACUGAACCUCAUUUAUUAAAAUCCACUUCAAACUAACAGUGCGGAAUUUGCGGAUGAAAGAGAAAUGUAGAGUCCAGGUAUUUGGGUUGGAGAUAUGAGGCUGAUCACAAUCUCACCUCGUUCCGUCGAGUUGAGAAGAAGUCUUUCUCCAGCCAAAUCGAAAUUUACCUAAACAUUUCCCAUCAGGAAGCGUAAUGCUUUUUGAAAACCGUUAAUUAGUUUUUCUUUACUUUUUAAGUAAUGAAUAAACCAUCAAAAGACGUGUUUUUUCACGUUCCCCGAUGAGAGAGCAUUCUGUACGAAAUUGUCAUUUUUCACUUUCAAUAAUUUCUGAAAGUUCUCCAAAGGUCACCUCUACUUCCACAAAUAAUAUGGUUGAUUAUUGAAUGUCAUAUACCACUUUUCUUGACCUGUGGUAUGUGCCCCCCAAAGGUCUGAAGUACUCCAGCACCAGUUUAUAUAAAUAGUAUUUAAAGGUACUCUGGAUAUUAAGGGUAUUGGUUUUUAUCAAUUUGAAACAAACAUCACGGGGUAUCGAUUAAGAAGCACAGUUAUAAAUAAUCCAAUAUAUAUUUGUUUAAUAAUUAUUGCCUGAAUAUGUGUAGAUUUCUUUUUAAAACGUUACCCUGGUGUUCUCAAAAUUAAAUGAACAAAUCUCAGCCAAUGAAUAUUCUUUAAACCUGGUAGGAGUUAGUGUUAUAAUGCAGAAAUAAGACCAAUUCAGACCAGAAGAACCAGGCACUGCAAAGUCAGUGUUCAAACUUUAUUAACAGUUUGACAGAUUACCAAUAGAUGGCACCUGGAACGCCUGUCACAAUAGCUGCUGUGGUGGGUAUGGUAUCUAAAGCGUCCCUUUCAGAAUCAAUCAACCUCUUAGCUACUUAUGUCAUAGUUUAACGGUUUCUUCAGUUAGAAUCAGUUUCUCUGCAAUACUUAUUUACAUUCCCCAUUUUUAUUUUUUUUUAUUUUUUUUAUCUUUAAUCUUUAUUGAAAUGUAUCACAUAUUAAUAUGAUACAUUAAACAAACAGCACAUGAUCAAAUAAUUUAAAAUAAAUGUCUAUCAUUCCUAAGCAUGUGGUGUAAUAUCAUACAAAAUAGAGACACACCUUCAUACUCACAUACAAAUGGUCCAACCUUUGAAAAAUAAGGCAUCAGAAUCCUAUAUAUUCUAUUCGAGCAACAAAUUUGUGUGAUUUAACAAAGGCUUAGUUAACUACCACAUUCAAUCUUGUUUAUAAUAUCUAAAUAUAUACAAUAUAUCCCACCCCACUAAACUUAGGGACGAAAUUCCCACCUAUUGAAAGCCCUUGAUGUAUAUACUGCUUUUAGGAAGAGUAUUUCUAGCCGGAGAUAAGUUACAAUGUGUCUCUCACAUGGAGACACAACAGGGACAAUUGUAAUGGGGCGCCUGUAUCCCAGGCCCGUAAACCAGUUGCCAGAGCUGUAAGACAUGUCAUAGACCUAGAUGAGAAGCAAUAAAGCAGUAAUAUACCUUAAUGGUUUUUAGAUCACACUUCAGUGCUUUAAGAUACAUUAACGUUCUUUAUAGUACACCUACUAAAGCAUUAGGACACCUUAAAGAGGUGUUAGAGAUCGAAUACCUGGGGAGGAUAAACAUGAACAGCAAGACACAUCUUUGACCAAGGCCACAAACAAAAAUAAUCUUUGAGAUACAAUAAUGACCAAAAAACACAUACCAAAGCUGUAAGAUAAAUUAUAGUCCAAUAAUACAAACACUAUAGCUGUAAGAUUAACCCCUUAAGGACACAUGACAUGUGUGACAUGUCAUGAUUCCCUUUUAUUCCAGAAGUUAAGGGGUUAAAGAGCUAGAGUGUAAACACUUAUGUUGUAGGACACAUAGCGACAAACGGAACACAUACUAGAGUUGUAAGAUACAUGAAACUCCAAAUACACAAACACGAUAGCUGCAAGACAUAUUAAAAGGCUGGAGUGUAAACACUAGAGACGUACUAUUCAAUAUGGAGCUUGGACAGAAAAAUCGAAUGUAAGUCAGACAUAUAAAUAAAGAGAAACAUACUUCAGAUCUGUACAAAAAAUUAAAGUCAUAAAAAAACAAAUGCUCCAGCUGUAAGACACAUUAAAGAGUUGAAGUGCAAUCACUUGCGCUGUACGAUAUAUUAAAGCAUUAGAGCUGUACGGUAUAUUAGAGUGCUACGGCGCGAGCUCUAGAGCUGUAAACACAUUAAUUAUAUAGAGAAAACAACCAACCUAUAAGAUACAUUUUGAAGCUAGUAGACAUGGAAUUACUCAACUUUAAUGGUUUCUAGAACUUUUUGUACAUUUUUAUUUACGUAUAAUUUUUAAAUCUGCAAAGGAUUGUCCAAAUCAGCAGAACUUCUCCUAAAAUAGCCAAGACCCCCCUUUAUGGCGAUGGAUUCUGACCUCUCCCAGGUGUCCUGUCCUGGAACUGCCCCCCAUUUAUUAGCAAUAAAUUAUUAUUUUGACCUAAAAUGCUUUUGCAGACUGGUCGACAGCUGAGGUGUUAAGAGAAUAAUUUGUGUUCUGCUCAGCCAGCUGUGAAAACGAAUGUGUUGCGCCAGAAGCAUUUCUUUUCCGUAAAAUGGCUGUUGUGUUUGUUUGUGAAUUUGUAAUAAAUAUGUGAUUAUAUUUCUCCCUGUGGCUAUGUGCUUAUUGGGAUCAGCAAAUGAAUCGUCACUGACUUUAGUCAACACCAAUUAGCCUUCUGUGUAGAAUGGCUGUUAUGAAAUAACUUAUUUAUUUGAAAAACGGAUUUUACACAAACUCAAAAUCAACCCAUCUGUAAAAUAUGGAAAUAAAAUGAGUUUUAUGAAUUUUAGAAUAGAUAAUUUCACGGGAUAAACCCAUGUGGCUGUGAUGUCCUGCACAGAAUAUUGUUAGAGGCAAAAUUAAUUCUGCAUCUUAUUACUCAAACCUAUAAUGAAAUAUAUCUUCUUAGUAAAUAGAUUCUUUUUUUCUGGAAACAAACAGAGACCCUAUUUCCUCAGAUAAUCUAAAGUUUAAUAUCACAAAAUAUUACAAAUUGUAUCCCACCUCACUUGCAGUGCGCGGUUAUAGAGACUUUAAUGCAAACAUAUGUAAAUUAUAUUAAACCCCAUAAUUCUGUAUUUAACCUUAUAAGUCCCGUUAACCCUUAUAUAUCUGAAAUUACUUCUGCUUGGCUGGAAUUUUAGAAUAAAAGGCACUAGAGGUGCUUCCUAUCUCAGUAUAGCACUGUUUGCAGCAAUGGCUUUCAGUGUCUCCAUUUGAACAUUUCUCAUAGAGAUGCAUUGAUGCAGUGUGGCAAUCAGCAUUAGCCUCCUAAUGCUUUUGUAUGGGAAAGCAUUGUAUUGGCUGAGAUCAUCAAGUUUGAUAAUCUCAGUCAUGGAGUCGGAGCCAUGCGUAGCCAACUGUGGCGAGACUAGCGCGACUUUGGAAAAAAGGUGAGCAAAAUCACUUUCUUACUGUAAUCGAAUUGGGGCUUAUAACCUAAACAGCUACUUCAAGACUAUAGUGUCAGGAAUACGUUUGUAUGGCACAACAGUGUUCCUCUAAAUUUGUAAACAAAAAUAUCAAAAAUUGGGAAAAUCUCCAAGUUUGCUAUGAUUCUAGUUCAGUAACUGUGGCGUAAAAUAUAAAAUUCACUUUGAAAUUACUUUGGAUUCCUGUCAAUUGUUUUGCAAAUAACAGUUUGUCAGUUUGCUAACAUCCACUGCAAUAUGUCGCUAAUCAGAGCCACUUGUAUUGAGGGCCAAAUUCUUCCAUUUAUAUACCAUUCCAAUCACUCACCGUACAAAUAAAUACCCUAUUUCUUGCGACGGACCGCAGGAUCACAAUAUUCAUUAUGACAUUCUGAAAUAAACAAUAUAAGCAGGAUGAUAUAAAAAACAUGUAAAAUUGAUUAAUAAUGUCUAUAAAUCCUAUAAAAUAAUAAUCUAAUAAUCUAGGAAUAAUAAAGCACACAGUUGGACAAGUACUUAUUAUAUUUAUUCACUUUAAUUAAUAUUUAGAUUUAGGUCAAGUCUUGGAACAAGCACAUUUGUGUUUCUGUGAUCAUUUAGGUCAUAAAGUAACAAAUUAUGAUAAAGAAUUAGAGGUCUAUAGUUACGAGACAAAUUUCAUUAUUUACAGCAUUUUAGUAACUUAUAACUGAUUUAGUCACGACAGGAAAUAUUUCUGUAUUUAGCCUAGACUCUCAUCAGCGCCAGGUGCAGAUGUUAACAGAAAUCUCAAACAUUGUCCUGUUAAUAAUCAAUCAGAAAGCUUGUCAAAAGUGUCAAAUUUAAAUCAAGUCCUGCUGGGCAUUUACUCAAUAGCCAGGUGGGAAAAAAAACGGCCAGUGAUAACAUUACUGGCAGUUGACCUUCUGCAUAACAGAGUUUACUAGAAAAGAUUGUCCUACACCUAAAAAGAAACGACCUGUGUGAAAAAAAAAACACCUGUUAUUUUCAUGAAUGCCGGUAGGUGACUUACUUUAAAAAUGUCAGCAAUAACAUUUUGACUAACGAUGAAUGGCCCAAGUUUACCAACACUCACUUGGUGUCUAUAUUCUGGAGUACCACCUCCACUGUCAGGAAUUUAUGGAAACACGAGGCUCUCAGAAACUGAGUAAAUGUGCUUCUAUUAUUUACUACUAAAGGACAACGUUUGGGCAAGCUAAAAACUUGAGAGAGACUCUGCUGAUUGAGAACAUUGCUCUCCUCACUUUUUAAGGACACCCAUCGUCAAAGAAAAGAUUGGAGUGCUAUUAUAGUGUGGUUUACAUUGCAGUACAUAUGUAAUUAUAUGGUCUACAAAAGUAUAUUUAAGAAACUAAACUUUCCAGAGGAGCUAUAAGGUGUUAUUAAGUGGCUUUAAAUAAAGAACGGAAGAGAAGAAUCCUAAUUAUAGUCCAUAAACCCAGGAUACCUGGGGUGUACUUACAGAAAAACAGUGUGUCAACAUCAUAGUCUAUGAUUAAGUCCAGGUGGGUGAAACGCGUAAGGUAAUGGCUUCUGUGUUUACCUUUUUUUGUUUGUUUUUUGCUUGUUUUUUUGUCUGCAUAAGAUUCCUAUUUUUUUUUGUUUAUUUUUUUAAACAUCAGACAUUGGUAUUUGGUGUUUACACUUAUGUUUCCCUCCACAGAUAAAAUGGAGUACCAAAAUCAUCAUUUUUUAUUCCUAUUCUUUUCUGUCCAAAUAUAAAUUUUAUUAUUUUCCAUAACUUACAUAAGUACAAACAUACAUAAAAUUACAUAAAAUUAACACCUAAGAAGCAUUUAUAACCCAUUCUAGUAUGCAUCCUCCGGUAAUGGAUGUGUUCUCAUGAACAUCGGAAUUCCUCCUCCUCUUCCUGUGGACAGGGCUAAUCUUUCCUUUGUUCACUAAAAAGAGAGAAAAAGAAAAAAGGGGGGGUGGAGAAAAAAGGGGGGAGGAGUGGGAAAUAGAAGUCUUGACAAUUAAUUCUCUAUUUGCCAGAGUUUAGGCACUCUCCCAUCGGGGGUCUAAGUCUCUUUAAUAUAUUCUAGCCAAGGGGAACAAAUUUCCUUAUAGAUAGGGAGUUCCCUAUUUACCAUAUAAAAAUAUAUUUCCAUAUGUGCUUGAUGUGUAUUCUGAUUAAUUAUUCUAGGCCAUUCCAGAGAGUCUGGUUUCCGCCAAUCUCUAGCUAUGCAUAUCUUAACCGCCAGUAAAAUAUUUACCACAAAAUAUUUACAGUGCGUAUUCGUCUUCGGUAGAUCAAGAUGGAAAAGCCAUGUUUGUGGCUUGAAUGUAAUUUCUGCCUGUAAAAUCUCAGCUAAUUUAACUUUAAUCUGUAGUAAUUUCUCGCAGGUCCACCAAAUAUGGUAUAUUGAACCCUGCGCCUGAAAACAUCUCCAGCAGCAAUCUGGAGUAGAUUUAUUAAACUUGCUAAUGCUUAGAGGAUCAAGGUACCAACGGUUUAUCAUCUUAGGAUAUACUUCCUGUAAAUUAAUAGAGUGUACCUUUUUUUUAACCAGUCCAGACCUUCCUUCCAAUUUUCUAUUGAAUUUUAGAAUUUCAUAUCCCUUUUCCAUUUCCUCAUUAGUGAGGUUAGUACUAUUUCCUGAUGAUUAAUCAUUAUUUUUUUUUUAACCUAGAGAUUAAUUUAUAAAUUUGUGUCUUAGAUAGAUUCAACUUACAAUUCGAGUAAUGUGCAAAUUCAUUAAUAACUGAAAUUGCUGCCAGAAUAGAAAUCUCGGGAGUGAUCAGUGUGAGUAGAAUGUCAUCUGCAUAGGGUGUUACUUUAAACUUUUGUUUAUUUACUUUGAUGCCCUUUAUCUCCUCUGCUGAUCUUAUCAUUGCUGCUAAAGGUUCAAUAGAUAAAGCAUAAAGCAGAGGAGAUAAAGGGCAGCCCUGCCAUGUACAGUUUUGGAUACUGAAAAAAGAAGAACUUAAAAAUGGACCAGUUACUUUGGAGCUCAGGUUACUGUAAAGUGCCAUAGAGCUCUUCUUAAAUAAACAAUUGUUCCAAAAAGUAUCUAAUGUCUCAAAUAAAAAGGCCCAAUUGACCCAAUCAAAUUCCAAGAAGGCUGUUGGCAUGGGCUUUUGUUGGAUCUCUGAAAUCAGAUCUAUUAAUUUCCGGGUAUUAUCCUCCCCUUACCUACCUGGAAUAAACCCAGCUUGGUCGGGAUGUACUAAAUCUGACAUUACUGUUUUACGUCUGUCCACCAACAUUUUUUAAAAUCUCUUGAGGUAUGUCCCCCUUUUCCCCAAAAUAACUGAACAUUCUGAUUAGCAGCGGGGAAAUCAUGGGGUCCGCUAUCUUAUAGAACAAAGCUGUAAAUCUUUCGGGACCCGGAGAGUUCCCAGCUUUCAAUCCCGAUAUUACUUUUUUCAACUCUCCUAUGGUAAAAGGUUGGUUUAACAUCUUUUGUUUCUCUUCUGAGAUUCCUGGCAAGUUUAACCUCUAUAAGAAAUUUUCGACAAUGUUUUGGAUAUGUCUUUAAGGGAUCUAUAAAAAUUCCUAAAUGCCUCAGCUAUUUGUGAGGGGUCCAAUAAGAUUUUAUUGUUGACUACAAGUCUUUGAAUCCUAGAUCUUUCUAUUUCCUGUUUUAAUUUGUUAGUAAUUAUUUAAUUUGCUCUGUUAUUACUGUAAUGCCAUUUAUGUUUGGAAUUAAAAAUAGCUUUCUCUAAUCUAUCAUCCAGUCUGCUUUUUAUUUCCUUUUGGACUUUGUUUAUUUGUUCUACUAAAGUCUUAUUAGGAGUUGAUUUAUUUUGUCUUUCUAAAUUAACUAAAUGUAUAUAUCAAUCUGCGAGAGGUUUCCCUUUUAUUUUCCAUAGUGUUACAUCAUUUUUAAUUAAAUACCCGCUUAUACUACAUUUUAAAGCAUUCCAUAGAGUUGGGUCCGAGACCUCCCUAUUAUCAUUAAAACUUAGAAAUUGUUGGAUCUCAUCUACUUAUUUUUGCUUUUCUUCUGCAGAACAUAAAUUGUAAUCAUUCCUUUUCCACUCUGCUCUGCCACUGAAUUGCAGGUUGUUCUUCAGUUCACAGUAGACUGGGGCAUGGUCAGACCAGCUUAUAUUACGAAUAGAGGAGGAAGUACAACAUUUCAGACAAUCAAAAUUCAUUAAAAAAAAAUCUAUCCUUGAAUACGAUAGAAGUCUACUAAAGAAAAAAAGUGUAAUCUCUUUCCAGUGGAUGCUGCAUUCUCCACAAAUCAUAGAGAUUAUUCUUUAUCAUACAUCUAGUUAGUUUUUUUGCGUACCCUUUAGUUUUAUUAUCUUAUUCCCCUUCAAUUUUUAUCCAGAUUGGCAUCUGCAGUGCAAUUCCUGUCACCCCUAAUUAUUAAGACUCCUUUGGAGACUCUAUCUACUUUUUCCAUUAAGGAAUUCAGAAAUUUCACGGGGAAAUCAUUGGGAGCGUAGCAGUUUACAAGAGUAUGCAAUUUUUCAUUUACUUUACAAACCAAUCAUUUGUAUCUUCCAUUACUAUCUGCCUCGUGAAAAAUAUAUUCGAAUUGUAAUUCCUUUGAUAUUAUUAUGGCUACUCCUUUUUUCUUCUCAUCCCUUAAAGCUGCUACAUAAACUAUUGGGAAUUUUUUAUACCUCCAAAAAGAAGUGCCCUGACAAUCCCAGUGCGUCUCUUGUGCAAAGCAGAUAUUUAUCCCUUCUUAUUUAUAGGCUCUUUUCUGGCUAGAAUUUAGUCCCUUGGUAUUGAUUGAUACUAUUUUAAUCUUCAUUGAGUACGAUACCUAUCCUCAAAGUGCCCAACAUUUACCACUUCCUCGCCCCCUUUUCCUUUAUUCCAGUGCUCCUCAUAAAACCCAACACCUAUUCCAAACAUUCAUCCAUUCCAAAUCCAGUCAUACCUAAUGCCCAUACAGAUACCCUUGUAUCUCCCUAGGCUAAUCCUCUGAACAACUUAGAAACAGAGUACAACCACGUGCAGGUGUUGAGUUUCAAAGGAGAGGAGUUCACCUUAUCUUAUGUUUCUAUUUUUACCGAGAGAUCAUAUUCUCAAGGAGUGUAAACCUCCAAGGGAGAGGAAAAAAAAGAAAAAGACAAUACUAACACAGGAAAAAAAUAGAGGAAACCUCUUAAAUCCUUACAGAAUAUCAAUCUAUUCCUUUUAUUCUAUAUUAACAUAGUGGUAUAAACUACUGAUAUCAUGCUCUUUUUAAGCCUUAUCAGAAAUACAUCGCCCCUAUAUAAAUCCACGGUAUAACCCUACUGAGGCUGAGAAGAUGAAACUAGCUCUAACUUAGAGCUUAUACCCUAAAUAAAAUUUAGGAACUUUAGGUAUAGUACGGAAAAAUAAAGUAUGGCAAAUAAGGUUCCUAUUUUUUUUAAUGAAUUGGAAAUAUAAUAUUUGAUUUUCAUUAAACUCCUCUAUAUUAUUUGUCUGCAAUUCAGACUCCCUAGUUUGUUGCAAAAUCGGAAGUGCUGCAAACUGGGAUUUUGAACUUGGUGGGCACAUGUCUCUUUUCAGCCUAUGUAACUAUGUGACCAUGUAACGCCAUGCUGUAGAACGUGAUCUCUAUGGAGGGACAAAGGGAUUUAAAAUUGGGUUUUUGCCUGACUGAAAAUUAUGGCGAUUAAGGUAAGUACCCUAUAAAUACUUGAUCCCCUAACACAAAGACAUUUAAAGCUUUCCUACCAUAGAAACCCCAUGGUUUGAAGCCCAGCAAAGUCAUUUAACAUGCUGACCCUGUUAUUGGUGCUGCAAUGAAGCAACUUUCUUUGUAACACGAAGCAAUUUUUAUACAAUCUAAAAGCAUUUACUGUUGGACAACAAUUCUACUGAAAACAGGCUAUAUAACACGUUAAAAUAUCCACCACUAAAAUUAACUUAUUGGUUAAGAAGUGAGUGCCUCUUAAUGACUGGUCCAUUUGUCAAGAAAAACAUUCAAUUAUGCUCUGCUUACAUAAAUACUCAGCCUUUGCUUUCAUGGCCAAAUUAAUCUGUUAAAAAAUAUUUUUUUUCAUUUAAAUUUACUGUAAACAUAUUUUUCAGGUUUAAAUAGACAACUGUCAUUGUUUUUGAAAUGACAAAAUUCAAUAAAAGAUAAUUUUAAAAAUCAGUUAUAACUUGUGUUCAUUGUCUUGUGUUAAAAAUGUAAAUGAAAGAUUUAUAAAAUGACAUCACAAUAACAGACCAUUAUAUGCACAGCCAGGGCACACAGUGUACAAUAUAGGUGAAGAAAUAGAAGCAUUGCUUCUGUGUCUCCCCCUCUCCAUAUGCUCUCUCUGGUGAGUGGCAAGCGAAAAUAACAGCGCUUCUAAAAAUAAUUAUCAUGGACCAAGAUGGAGGCCCUUCAAUUUCAGGAUAGAGAUACAUACAUCAGUGCGGCUUACUACAUUUAAUUCUAAUUUUUCAGAAACAUGUACAUUGUACAGCGUUACAGAAUUUGUUAAUAAUAAAAUAAUAAUAAAAUAAUAAUAAUAUGUGAAAUUCACUUUGAAUUAAAUGCAAAAUCACACUUUAGUCAAUAAACCCUAUAAUGUUAAAUGUAUAUAAAGUAUUAAAAAUUCUGGGGAGUGACUAUUCCCCUUUAAAUGGAUCUUAAACAUCUAACUACAUAAAUAACUUUAAUACGUAAACAACACUCAAUCACAUUCUAAAUUCCCAAGCUAAAAAUACAGGCGUUUAGAAGAUAGAAGCGUGCUGUGCUUUUCAGAGAGAAAAAGCUUUCAUUCUCUCUUCCUUUUUCUUUUUUUUUUUGGACCAUGUUUGACAGCUGUAGAUAAAAUAUCAAGUUCCAGAGAAAGAGACUCUCAACAAUUUAUUCUCAGAUAACAGAAUAAAAAAAAAAUCCAAAAUUGUUUUACAUUCUAACAGCAGAAGAUAACUUGAUAAAAUAACAAAAGACUUAAUAAAAAUUAUAAAAUGACAUUCGUUAAACUAGAUGUUUGUGAACAGAGUAACUAUACACAAGAUAUAUUAUUUAAUUGUUUCUUCGGCUGAAAGUUUAUCAAAUAAAGUUUGAAUUUUCACAUUUUUUAGAACGAACAGUUUGACCAAGUUCAAGUUACUUACUUAGCUAGAUUCUCUAAAACUUCAAUAGGCAGAAUAGCCCAUCGUUCACUCACAUUUAUGGCUGAAGUUAAUUCACUAAUCAGACUAUUGUAGGGAAGUGAAAACCGAAAUGUAAAACUUAGAAAAAAGUGUUGAUUUGGGGAAAAAAAUUCCCAUAUACAAUUAUAAUCUCAGUUUGGCUAUUUUAAAUUGAUAUUGCAAUUUGAUUUUCAAUUAAUUAUAAUUUAGAGUUUAAUUAAUGAGCGGAAUAGGAUUGUUAAAAAAUGUGUGAGGUAUUGAGACUCGCAAGUAAAUUUAAAAUGUUACCCUAUCAUAUCCAAAUUAAAACCGUGGCUGGCUUUGCAAACUCAAUUGAGCUAUUUUGACCUAAAAUUGAUAUUCAUUGUUUUUUUUAAUUUGAAUACCUGACAAUUCACACAUUACUGAAUAACUCUGUUUCUAUGGGGUAACAUAAAAAAGAAUUUAUGUAAAAUUGAAUGCACCGUUGAAAAAUCUGGAGCAGUUGUCAUGGAGACAGUGGAAUGUUUCUGCCGAUCACUCGACUUUUAGAAUUUUGCUUCAAAAUUAUGUACAUAAAGGUACAUUUCAAAUUUAAAUAAUAUAUAAAUAUAAGGAAACUCCAGAAUUCAUAAUUGCUUCAUAGUUCUAAAAAAGUGUAACAGUCGCCAUGGAAACCUUUUCUAACUUUGUUCCAGAAUUAUUCUUUGCAUAAAAAAUGCAUGCCGUUACCUGUAUAGAGCUGUAAACUAGACAAUUCUUAUUUAUUAAGACUUUUUAUUAAGGACAAGAAGCUGUGCUUUUAUAAAUCUACCUGUAUUUUUUUAUUUUAUUUUAGCCCUAAAAAUACAUUAAAAGCAACUCUAGUUUUCUAACUAUCCAAAAUUAUCCCCGUCAGUUGUUCCCAAUAAAAUCUCCUAUGUUGGGCUUUGUAAUUAAGCCACGAUUUUUAUACUGACUUCAUGCAAAUUAGAAGCUUCAAGUCGUUUUACUGCACACUUUGCCAAAGUACAAUACGGUAAUGUCAUCUCUUCAUUCCAAAUAUCCUUGGCCUACUUAAUAAAUACCAGCAAAAUAACUUUCUUGUCUUAAAAAAAAGAAGAAUACUUCUUUUUUACAAAUCAUUAUUUUUAACAGAUUAGAUUUUUUUUUUUUUUUGUGAGAUAAAAUGUUAAUAGUCACCCUUAGCUCCAGGGGUGGCAAUUAAUGUAUUAAAUGGAUUGUGCAGAAUUUCAUUUGAUAUUUCUGUUGGCUCUGCAUGUGCAAAUCUGUGCAGUGUUAUUUAAGACGUCGUCCACCGACAACCCCCUUCACACUCAACAUAUCCCUUAAUGAAAAUAGAUUUCUAUCAGUAAUGAAUUGGGAACGUCAGGCUUAGCAGACAUUUACUCCAUUCCACAAGCUAAGGGGAACACGAGGCGAUGAGAAUGCACGGCGGCAGUCUAUGUUUAUAGGCUUAGCAUAUAUACCUGCUGCUAAGAUAUUAUUUCAUCUUUAUCCAUUCUAUUUAGAAAACAAGGCAUUUGUGCGGAUAUUGAGGUUAUGUUUAUAACGAGGAUUCAGUUAUAGGUUAGGUGCUGAUUAAUCACUCUGAAAAUCUGACGUCCUGCGGCGAUGUUUGAGUAUAGGACGUUUAGUAAUAACAUUUGGUAAUUACUUCUAUAAUUCAUAGUGUCUGCAUAGGGUGGGAUAAAUCGGAUCCCCAAUUACAAGGGAGCUGUGAGGCAACGAUUCUGGAAACUAAUACGUUAUCCAAGGAAUUUAACUUUAUAUAAAGCUACAUCUAGCUGCUUGUGUGCGAAACUGGUGUAUAUAUAUAUACCACCAUGAAGGUCAAACAAUGUAUACAGAAAUAGUCUUUUAAUUAAUGAUUUCAUUUCAAGCUUUGAAUAUAUUGCAUUACAAAUCUAAUAUCUCCCCAAAUCCUGCCCCUUCUCUCUUUCUCCCCACUCAUUUCUCUUGCUUUUCACUUCUUCUAUACUGGCUUUUGUUUUCUUCUCCGCAUUACCCCCACUUCCUGACCUUCAUUCCAUCAUCAACAAUCAGCACAAUUCCAAGAUCCUGUCCUUCCCUUUCCUUUUCCUUGGUUUCACAUUCUUUAAUCAUCUAAAUUCAGUGGGUUCUCUAUUUAUGAACAGCAUCCAUCAGUUUCCCAUUUACUGUCUAAUAUCAUUGGGUUCUCCUUACUGGAUAACAUAAUAUCCCCUUUAAUUGCCUAAUAUCCAUUGGGUUCUCCUUACUGGAUAAUAUAAUAUCCCCUUUAAUUGCCUAAUAUCCAUUGGGUUCUCCGAACUGGAUAACAUAAUAUCCCCUUUUAUUGCCUAAUAUCCAUUGGGUUCUCCUUACUGGAUAAUAUAAUAUCCCCUUUUAUUGCCUAAUAUCAUUGGGUUCUCCUUACUGGAUAACAUAAUAUCCCCUUUAAUUGCCUAAUAUCCAUUGGGUUCUCCGAACUGGAUAACAUAAUAUCCCCUUUAAUUGCCUAAUAUCAUUGGGUUCUCCUUACUGGAUAACAUAAUAUCCCCUUUUAUUGCCUAAUAUCCAUUGGGUUCUCCUUACUGGAUAACACAAUAUCCCCUUUUAUUGCCUAAUAUAAUUGGGUUCUCCAUACUGGAUAAUAUAAUAUCCCCUUUUAUUGCCUAAUAUCCAUUGGGUUCUCCUUACUGGAUAACACAAUAUCCCCUUUUAUUGCCUAAUAUAAUUGGGUUCUCCAUACUGGAUAAUAUAAUAUCCCCUUUUAUUGCCUAAUAUCAUUGGGUUCUCCUUACUGGAUAACAUAAUAUCCCCUUUUAUUUCCUAAUAUCAUUGGGUUCUCCUUACUGGAUAACAUAAUAUCCCCUUUUAUUGCCUAAUAUCAUUGGGUUCUCCUCUAUGGAUAGCAUCUGUCGGUACCCAAGUCAUUGUCUAAUACCGUUGGCUUCUCAGAUGAUUGUGUCCAUUACCCCAAACUGUCCAGAAGUGUUAGGAUGGGGCUUUCUUUAAGACAUUCUGAUAUAGACAAAUCUCGAUAAAAGAGAUGCAAACAGUUUAUUACUCCUCUAUAUAAAUGUGUAUAAAAGGAGAACACAAACCAAUACAAUCAAAUUUUGGGGAACCUUUGCAUUUUCACUGACUUGUCUUUCUGAGUUUUUUUAGCAUUAUUGUUUACAACUGUUGUCCCAGUUCAAACUACCCAAAACACCCCCACAUUUGUGAGUUCAGAGGGUGCAGAUUUUCUGAAAUAUUAACCACUUUGUGUCAGUGUUCUUCCCAUUUCUUCUCAGAGCAUUCCCCCGGUCCUUGCCCGUGGUGUUCAUCCCUUAUAACCCCUUUUAAUGGUUCAUUGCUUCCCCAUUCAUUGUUGAGAGCCGUUUUGUUCCCUCUCAAAGUGUCGAAGCCCUGGGAUGUGUUGCAUCGCUCAUUGCUCCCUUUAUACUCUGCUUUAUUCUUCCUCAUUUGCUCGCUCAUCCUGUUUAUUUUCUUGUCUUGCUGUUUUGCUUUUAAAUAGUUCUUUACGGCCUGCUGUGUUUUAUCGAGCCAAAAACAGAGCUUCCUGCUGUCUUUUUUCUGGUAUUUUCCCCUUUGCUUUGCAUGUGGUCAGAUUUUCCUUCAUGCUGAUAUUAACUCAAUCAUAAAUCUCUCUACCUGUUCGACUUGCUCUGAGAUCAGUACACGGCUCUUAAGGACUACAAAGUCCCAAGGAUCAGGUCUGACAUCACAUCACAAGCCUCGGAUAUAAUGACAAUCCUUUAUGCCUUUUCCAGCUGACAAUUUUGAUUAAUUUCUCCGAGGUGUCCGCGGUAAACAGACAAGGAACAGAUGUUGUGUUAUUUUGUGCACAAUAAAUUGUGACAAUAGUUUUAACCCUUCCAAGAACCUUACACUCCUGGUGGGCCCCAGAAUUUACUUUAACAGCUAGCAGAGAUUAGCAGGUGGUUAUUAUAUUAACCACUAUUUAUGGCUCACCAGAAACAAGUGACAUUUACACUACGGUAAUCUAAAAAAGUCUUAACAUUCUCUCAAAAUUAAUUUAGGGUUUAAACCUGUAUUACUGUUUUCUCUUAUUUGUCUAAUCCAUUUUUUGCGGUAUUAUGAUGGCCCUGGGAAAGGACUGAGAUAAUGCUUUAUGCACAUGUCCACAAGAAGUGCAUUAGAUAAGAAAAAAAUUCAUCAACAUUUUUACGUGAACAACAGGGUUAUUGGAAUAACCACGCAAAACUGGAAAACGAAUAACCACAUGAAGCUAAAUCUGAAACUAAAUGAAAUUUAAAAAAUACAAAACUAUUUUUGUAUUUUAAUGUAAUGGAUUCUGGCCCAUUUAGAAAUCAGUUGUGGAACAUUUUAUCUAUGAAGAAAGGUUAACAAAUUUAUAUAAGAAAAUCAAAAUUUGCCUAGAGCAUCCACAUUCUUUAACCAGACCGUUUUUCAAUUUUCUUACCGUUAAGGACCAGGGCUCUUUUUUUAUUUCUGCGGUGUUUGUGUUUAGCUGUAAUUUUCUUCUUACUCAUUUACUGUACCCACACAUAUUAUAUACCAUUUUUAUGAUGAAAACAUAAAAAAAAAAACUUUUUCGAACUUUGACCCCCAAAAUCUGUUACACAUCUACAACCGCCAAAAAACACCUGUGCUAAAUAGUUUCAAAAUUUUGUCCUGAGUUUAGAAAUGCCCAAUGUUAACAUGUUCUUAGCUUUUUUGGGAAAGUUAUAGGGCCAUAAGUACAAGUAGCACUUUGCUAUUUCCAAUCCAUUUUCUUUUCCAAAUUAACGAUUUACAUUGUAACACUGAUAUCUGUCAUGAAUCCCUGAAUAACCCUUCACAUGUAUAUAUUUUUUAAAAGAAGACAACCUAAGGUAUUAAACUUGGGGUAUUUUGACUCUUUUCAUGCAACCAUUUUACUACCAAUAUAUACCAAAUUAAAAAUAUAUAUAAAUGGUGAUUUUUUGACACACAUAGCAAUUCAAGAAUACAUGUACUGAGAACUUUAAGGGUUACUGCCAAAGUACAGCCCAAUAUGUGUUCAGCGUCAUCUCCUGAGUACAGUGAUACCACCCAUGUGUAGGUUUGUUGUUUUCUCUGGGGGCUAAAAGACCUUAUUUGGAGGGUGUGCAUUCAAGUUUUCCAACUUGUAAUUUUCACAGCUGGUCAUCAUGCACCCAUGUCAUAUUUGGAAAAUAUUUGAAGCCGGCCAAUGUAAUUGACCCCCAUCAAAACAAAUAUUCAAUAUGGUAUAUGUCCAGUCUUUUUUAGUAGCCACUUAGUAACAAAUACUGGCCAAAGAUAGCAUUUAUAUUUGUUUGUGUGUUAAAAAUGCAAAAAACUAUUAUGAACACUAACUUUGGCAAGUAUUUUUGACUAAAUGGCUACUAAAAAAGACUGAACAUAACCAAUUUGCAAUACCUUGGGUUGUCUUCUUUAGCAAAUGGUAUGCCAUCAUGGGGGUAAUUCUCAUUCCUGGGCUACCAUACGCUCUCAAAGGCAAUGUAACUAAUCUGGCAAAUUUCUAUGUGAAAAAACGCUAACACUAUAAAACCUGUACAUGAGGGGUACUGUUAUACUCGGGAGAGUUUGCUGAAUACAAAUAUUAGUGUUUCAAAACAGUAAAACGUAUCACAACAAUGACAUCAUCAGUGAAAGUGCCAUUUGUGUGUGAAAAAUGCAAAAAUCAUCACUUUCACUGACAAUAUCAUUGCUGUGAUAUGUUUUACUGUUUUGAAACACUAAUAUUUGUGUUCAGCGAAGUCUACCGAGUAAAACAGUACCCCCUAUGUACAGGUUUUAGGGUGUCAUGGAAAGUUAAACAUAGUGCAAGCAAAUUAAAUUCUCUGGACUUUCGGCCUGGGUUGUCAGGCAGGUCCCCCAAAUUGCAAUCAAUAAAAUUAUUUAAUUAUGUAAAAAUAUUACAUAAAUAUGCAUGUAGAAUUUAAAUAUAUAUACAUAUUUAUAUAUUUGAAUUCUACGUGUAUAUUUAUGAAAUUAUUUAUGUAAUCAUGUAUAUGGACAUAUGUAUAUUAUGUAUUAUUUUUAUUUAUUUAUAUAUACAUAGAUCACCAUUUAAAUGCAGAUUUUAAUUUCUGAAAAAAAGUAAAAAACUUUAAAUUGAUCCGUCCAAUAUUUACCUGCGGAGCGUAAUUCAUGGAAUAAAACUGCACAGGUAAAUUCUGAACAGAUUGAUUUGUUCAGUGUGGGUAAACAGGAAUUUAGUUUCGACGAACCAUCUCAAACUAAUUUUUUCACAAGUCUAGUAGUUUCAACAAUCAGACGGUUGUCUCUGGGCAUUGGAGGUGAGUUUAAACAACCCCUCUCAGUCAAAGGCUGCGACAAAGCUACAAAUGACAAUUUAUUUUGAAAUACCCCUCUUCCAACUUCAGCAGGUCUGACAUCAUGUGUUGAAAAUUUUAAUGACGAGAACACUUAAUAUUAGAUGCACAUAGAAUAUAUUACUUUCUUUCAUUUAUAGGAGUAUUGAUUAUGCUUUUCAACAUUUAGAUGCAUACCUUGUUUAGCCACCGAGAAAAACAGAUUUCUGUAACACAAAGCGUUUAGCCUUUUUUCCAUCUUAUAAAUGUAAUGCACUGAUUGAUAUAGGAAUAAAAAGAAAAUACUCCCCCAAAGCGUAUAGUAACACAUAACUCACCCUCACACCCAGUCAUUUGUUACGAUAUUCCUGUAGCUAAUUAUAUUACACAUCUGAUUACGCAAAAUUUGCUGUUGAUAUUUGAGAAUUUGUAUCCCCAAAAAAACCAAACUAUAUGUUCUCAUUCUAAAGUCUGAAAGGUUGUGACAUUUGCCUUCACCAAGAGAAAGGCUCGAGAAAGCUAUAGAAACACUGGGCGGUUUAGGAAGAAAUGUGAGACGAGACAAAAAGAUUCUUAAAAAAAUCAUUUAAAAAAAAAAAAAAAUAGACAAGCUCUCAUACAUAACAGUGAACCAUUUGUUACUGGUGUCAUCAUCAUAAAAUUUGAGAUCAAAGUUUGAGUAGUGUGUAAAUUUCUCCAAAACCACAAGAUGACAUUAUUUUAUUUAUAAAAUCAUAAUGUAUUUUUUGUAUUACUUGAUUUUAAUAUUUAAUGUUAGGUUGAGGGUUUGUUUAUUAAUCUGCUGUCGUCAUAUCAGUCCUUCUCCCAUUAACAAUAUGUCAGACUAGUAGCAACGGAGAGAAAAUUAGGCGGUUUCUGUCUCCCUUACCCCACUCCUGCCAUAUCUGUCCCAGUAGACAAACUGAAGUUAACACUCCAAGGACCACAACCAUUAAAGUGAGCUGUAGUGGUUAUGGUACAUGGAGUGUUCUUUGAAUUAACAACAGCAACUACAGAAGCAGCUGCAAUAAUAACUCAUCUCAAGUUGGCAAAGAAUACAGGCGUGUUAACCCCUUUUAGGGUCAGAAUUGAAAAUGCUAUUUGUUAGUGAAGAAGAUAAAUGCUAUCAGACAUGAAGACUCUGAGAUUCAUUUUAUUCUAAAGUGCAAUUGUGCCGAUCAGCCAAAAUGUAUCAGAAUCGCAAACCAAAUGAAAUGGACGAGCAUUCCGUUUUGGUUCGUAAUUCAGAAUUCCACCCAAGGCACAAAAAAAAGAAAUGAUUGAUGGGAAAAAAGAUGAUUGAUGGGUAGUGGGACGGUCACUAAAUGUUUUUAUUCCGAGAUCAAUUGAGAAGUGAUUACAGAGAGAAAAAUGGAGGAUCACUAAAAAAUAAACCGCCGUUUGCCCAAAAUUUGUCCAUCACAAUUUUUUAUUUCUAUAUUUGGACGAAGUGGUUUGACCUUAACAAAGUCUACAGACAUGUCAUAUUUACCGUUUGAUUUCCAGAUCUAUGACAAUUGCAUUGCUUUGUGAUAACGCAAUAAUUCUAUAAGUCUUUAGUCAAACAUGAUCUCUACCACACGAUUUGCCUUAACGUGUUACCCUUUUAGCAAUAAAGUUUAGGAAAACAAAUAUUUAUCUGUGUUCGCUGACAUACAAAUGUCACUGGCUUUGAAUGUCACUAGAAUAGCAUUUCAUUAGUCCUUCAUUUCCAUAAUGGAAAAUAAUAUGGUAUGUAUUUUCUGCUCCGUAUUUUGCAGCACAUGUCAUUUCUUUUCGGGAGACUGGAAUGCAGAUGCUGGCAGAAAUUACUUUAUUCAAAUUCUGGUUAAAAAUCAUUUUAAAAUGCCUAACUGUAACAAUACAAACUGGGAAAGUUUCUCCAAGAAACCGAGGGUUUAAUCACAUUGAAAAUGAUUGAAUAAUGAGCUGCAGCCAUGCGUGGUGAAACACACGUAUUGUAGCCGCAGAGAGUGCUGCCCGGGAAUCGCAUUGUGCAUGAAGCCUUCGGAGGGCACGGACCUCUCUCGGCACUCUCCAUGCUGAUUCCCAUUAAAUAGAAUCGGUCUCUUAGAAACCUGUAGACCCGUAAUGAGAAAGCCAUCACGGCAGUUCCAAUCCCACGUCUAAUGCUUCAUUUAGAGAUUGUAACAGUGCUCGAUCUUUAAACUAGGAUGUGUGACUAGAAGAACUUUUAUUUAUUUUACCAGAACAUUUUAAACUUUCCCAUAUCUCUUUUCUGUCAUUUCCUAUUUUCUGAUAAUCUUUAUAUCUUCUAUGUUAUUUUUUAAUAUUCAUUCUUGGACCAUGAUUGGCUCUCACUUUUAUCUUCGUACUGAGAGUAGGUCUUAUCUCCACCAUGCCCUGUCUGGCACCCUGUCUGCUUUUGAUGAUAUUGAGAAUACAUUAUUAUUGGACUGUAUUCGUAGAUGAAGUAGAAUUCAUGUAGAGUUAGGAAUCCUAUGGACAAGGGGCCGACAGUUGAGAUAUAAUCAAAGACCUGGCACAAGUGGCAAAUCUUUAGUUAUGAUUUACUAAUUUAAUAAGCAUGUAGGGAUGUAUAUAAAAAAAUACCCCUUUUGUCUCAUUAGAGAUAUCUUUGCCAGAAGCUCAAGGAAGCAAGGUGAAUGGUUAGAUUUAUGACCCACCUAAGAGGUCUGCCUUGACGUGGCAGGUGGGCAUACCCUCUCAUGGCCAUUGGAGGUAACUAAAAACCUCCAUUUGUUUAAAAAUACAUAGGGAUGUGGAAAGAGCGCAGGUAACUUUUUUUCUUUGGUUUUUACUAUAUUUUAUCUAUCUAUCUAUCUAUCUAUCUAUCGGUCUGUCUGUCUAUCUAUCUAUCUAUCUAUCUAUCUGUCUAUCGAUUUAUCUACCUGUCUGUCUGCCUGCCUGCCUGCCUGCCUGCCUGCCUGCCUGCCUCUAUCUAUUUAUCUAUCUAUCUAUCUAUCUAUCUAUCUAUCUAUCUAUCUAGCUAUCUCUCUGUCUGGCUGUCUAUCUCCCUAUGUGUCUGACUGUCUAUCUGUCUCUCCUAUCUAUAUCCAUCUACACAGAGACACAGGCAACAUUUUAAAAUUGGGACCGCCAAUUUUAAUAGUCAUUUUGAUAGACGUAGCUUUUCACAUUUUCCAUAGAUUGUUCAUUAAUUAUUUCAUGUUUCAAGAACAUUUACUUUUGUAAUAGAGAGAAGCAGAGAGAAAGGUGAUAGAUAGAUAGAUAGAUAGACAGACAGACGGACGGACAGAAAAUAUUUUCAUUUUCUUGUAAAUACAGUACUUUCUUUUUAGGGAUAUUAGAUGGGUCUUAAGAGAUAAAAGUUUAGAUCUGUAUUCUUUCUUCCAUAUAGAUUGAUAUUAAGAAAUGAAUUCUAUUUUAUUAUUAAUGGACUUGUAAAGACACCCGUGCCGGUAAUAUUAUUUUAAUACAUCCAUAUAGUUUGAAUGACUGGAAAAGCUAUUAUACAUUCAGUGUCAGCUACAAACAUUGCUUUUUACAGACAGGAGAUUCAAAUUUAUGGAAUUGUGGAUCCUACUGAAUGGAAGUUAUUACCACGUUCUAAUGUGUUAUAGAGGAGAGUCCCAGAAACCAUUGUGCUACAAAAAAAACAUUUUAAUGCAUUUUAACAUGUUAAACUAAUAGCUUCCUUAAUUGACUCUGUCUAUCCCCAUUUCUGUGCAGUGGGACUCAAUCAAUGAAAUGGAUGAAUUCUUCAGCCCAAUCCACACAUACCAAGUCUGUAACGUGAUGACAGCAAAUCAGAACAAUUGGUUGAGAACCAAUUGGGUGCAAAGAGAUGGUGCCCGGAGGGUGUAUGUCGAGAUUAAGUUUACCCUACGAGAUUGCAACAGUAUGCCAGGAGUGUUAGGCACUUGUAAGGAGACUUUUAACCUCUAUUACUUUGAAAGUGACCGGGAUCUUGGCACAAGCACACGGGAAAGUCAGUUUCUGAAGAUCGACACUAUUGCGGCCGAUGAGAGUUUCACCAGUGUGGAUCUCGGUGUACGGAGACUGAAAUUGAACACAGAGGUCCGUGAUGUGGGACCUUUGAACAAACGAGGCUUUUAUUUGGCCUUCCAAGACAUUGGGGCAUGCAUUGCCAUUGUAUCUGUCCGGGUGUAUUAUAAGAAGUGCCCAUCAAUGGUAAGAAAUCUGGCUGCAUUUCCUGAAGCAGUAACAGGAGCAGACUCAUCAUCUUUGGUGGAGGUACGAGGGGAGUGUGUGGGCCACUCAGAAGAGAGAGACACCCCCAAAAUGUACUGCAGUGCAGAAGGAGAAUGGCUUGUUCCUAUUGGGAAAUGUGUCUGUAGCGCUGGGUUCGAAGAGCGAAGUGAUUCGUGUGUAGGUAAGUUAACAUAUAAUUAUCUCCAAUUUUGGCCACGCGGUCAUGAUGCUUUUAUUUUGAUAAAUAUAUAUAUAUAUAUAUAUAUAUAUAUAAAUAAUAAUUAUGUGUGAGAAAUAUGCAACCUUGAAAAAAUAUUGUAUCUCCAAAAAUAACAUUGCAUAUACAUCACACGAUUCUUGUUACAGGAUGGGAAUUUCAAGAGGUGAUGGUAAUGACUGUACCAAAACAAAAUCAGAACGAGACACCACAAACAUCUAAUACUAAUGAAAAAAUCUAA